GGGGGUGUCAGAGAAGCACCCUGGAUGACUGAGCUGCUCUGAUCGCAGCAGCCCCGGCCAAUCAUCCAGCGAGCACCAUGCUUGCUGAUUCUUAAUUGGCUGUCGUUCCCGGUGAGCUGCAGCUGAUCCACGGAGCCAGAUGGUUUUAUUAGAGUCCACAGUGGGAGAGACGGAGAGAGAAGAGAGGCAGAGAUACAGCGGCAAGAUUCAGAGUGUGUGUAGCAGCAAGUAAUUACCUUCCACUAUCUGAACCAAUCAAGAGCCACGGAUAGAGAGAGAGAGAGAGAGAGAGAGAGAGAGAUACAGAAGAGGGAGGAAGCCCAUUUAGAUUCUCACUCUACUCCCAGGCUCAGAGGUAGACAGUGCGCUUAUUGAUUUAGAGUCACACACAAGCAACGGAAGUGUGUUCUUUCAGGCUGCACAGCUCAUCCUUUCUCGUAUUUGCCGAGUCCUGCUGGGUGACAACAGAUGGACAAGAUGAACCACAGCUCAGCCGAGGCAGAGGCUGAAACCAUAGAACCCCUGCGUUACCUCAGGUAGGCACCUGCUCAUUCCUGUUGCAUGUCAUCCUCUCACUUCUGCCCUUUUCUACUCAGUCUCUCUUCUGCAUCUUUAGCAUUGCUUUCCCUUUUAACAAGCACAUUGGUUUUUACUCCUAAGAUAAUGCACAGGAGAGACAGGCAGGAACCCCUCCUGUAGAUCCUCUCGAGAAGUCAUCUCAUGAGACUUGUGGUGAACAUUCAUCUUGCUGUCUGUUUGAAUCAGAGCAAGCUGUUAAAGGAAAACACACAGAGAGGAGGGAACACAAGGUAUCUAUUAUUUAAGUUGCCUGCUUGACGAAAGCCUCAGGAGUGCCGGUGUUAUUGAUGAGGAUGAGGAUGCUAAUGGUUAAAAGGAGGAUGUCCUCAGAAGUCCUCAAGCCAACCUUUGGAAACUCCGUAUCUGCUUUGCCAGGGUUAAGAUGUUGUUGUUUCUGUUUUACACUCCACUAAAACCUGAAAUAGGCCACUGUUGCUCUCAGAGUGAUAUAAAAUUAAAUAUCAAGAAUUAAAAAAACCUGGUUAUGUCAGGUACAUGUCUUUUUAAAAAAAAAAAACAGGUAGUAAACCACACGAAUGCUCACAAACAGCUCAUUAACACAUCAUUUCUCUAUUUGGAUCUACCCAAGAUUCAAAAUGACAGUCUUAGGUCAUGAUAUUCACAUUUAUCAAACUUUUGGCUUUUAAAAUUCUUAAAACUCAAAGCCCUUUAUUUGAACGGCCGAUCUAAGUCACGGCUUCAUGAAUGAGUGCUUUUUUUUCCCACAGUACUCAAAUCCCCAACAGAAGUGUGGGUGGUGGAAUUGCAUUUUGGGUAACGUUUGCGCCAGACUUUGAAAAGAGGCUACACGACAUAAAUCUCUGGUUCUUCUGCAUUUACUUUUAUCCCUUCCUUUUUACUGUCAGUCAUGAGUCAUGAGUGCAACACUAAAUCAGUGUUGCUUCCUUAACCACUGGAGCUCUCUGUGUAUUGGCUUAAAUUUUAGCGCAGCUCAAACGCUAUGGAGCAGUAAACAGCGACACAUAUGCCUACACAUAGACAGCUGUACCCUUUGUUUUAAACGCCUUAAAGAUGAGUAAUGGGGAUAACAUUCAAGAUGACAUUCAAAGAUAGAGCUGUGAAUGCCUGAACUGUGUAUGACCUUGUUGCCUGAGAAAUGGGACUGUUAACAUAUAGGUAUAUCAUGCAUAAAAAUGUCAAAUGUACACUGGAACUUAUGUGGAUACAAUAACCCUCCUAGCAUUUAUCUAACAGCUCCAAUCUCCCUGCACACAUUUACUCCUGCUCCUCUUGUUAUUGCAAUGCCAAUCAGUGCGCGCACCUGUUUAUUACAUCUACUCAAGGCUCUGUUUUAGACUCCUCUAAUGUAUGUAAUUAUCAGUACUCUCUUUGCUCUGGCUGCAUUUACAUUCUUCCCUGUGCGUGUGUGUGUCAACAUGUGAGAAGCAGAGGCUGCAAAUAAACCAUCACCCUCGAGAUGUUCCCUGUUCCUCACUCUCUUAGAUCUCUGCGGCUUGAUUGGUGCCGGCUGUCAGUCAAUUAAGGAAGUCAAUUAAAGCCUCCUUAUACCAUCCCACCGGUUACUGAUUAUACAUGCAUUAAGAUCAUCUGAGCCCAUGUAUAUGCAUGUGUUCAUGUCUGCAGGGAAACAAAAACAUAAUAGGUGUGACCUUGUGUGUUACCUCGUUAAUUUAUUUUUUUAAAUUAAAAUCAAAAUAAUACCUUUUACUGUCUCCACACAUCAAGCGUGAGUAAAAUCAUUCGCGCGAAUGAAUUACAUGUUAUGUCAGUGCAAAGACACGAUUGGGCGCUCCUACUACUCUGGCGGUGCGAAUGACGCGAAUUGGGUGGGAGCUGAAAAUGUCUCAACUUGAGCAGAUAUUCGCGUUGUGAUUAAUAAUCAGGCCGAAGGUUGUCAGGUGAUGUGCGAAAAUUGGACGGUUGUUCACUGGUGUCUAAAAUGGAGGACAAGCUGAUCGUGUCGAUGUGUGGGUGCCCUGAAUUAUAUGAUAUCUGGAGGCAAGUGAGUGAGGAGGUCGGAUUACCUGGUAAAUUGUAAAAAACCUUUCUCUAUCACUUGAUCUUGGAUUGACAGGGAUUACCGUUGAAAUUACCAUUGACACAUGAAUGAAGCGAGUAAAUACAAUUCAUUCACUUGUCUAGAUUUGCGCAAAUUAAGCGAGUAGCACAUGGGCAUUCAAGAAAGUCAAAAGAUGGUAAAAGAUGUAUUUUGCAUAGGUAAAGGUGCAAAGAAAGGUGCAAGUUAAAUAAUUGCAAGUUGAAUAUUUUGGUAAAAGUUUUAGUUUAGAAUGCAUAAAAAACAUAUACAUUGAACUAUAGUUUCAAUACACAUAAUGUAAAUAUUUCUCGGACUAUGCACCUGCCCACAGUACCAAAACUACCACUAAAUGGUGUGCUUACCAUAAUACUACUGUGAUUGAUUGACCAACAUCAUUGCCUGACCUGAUCUUUCGAGUAAAUAACCAGAUCUAAUAAAACGGAAAAACUGAAGGCUGUUUUUAAAGUAACUUGGGCUCCAAUAACACCUUAGCACUGGUAAAUGUAGAUCACCUCCACUCUAAAUAUUCAUGCAGUCAUCAUGGUAUAGUAGCUCCAAAUAAGUAAUCAGUGAAUUAGUGGUCAUACUUUCCAGAAGUUGGACAUUUCUGCAUUUUAAAUUCUUUUUUUAACCAAUCUUUGGAAGUAUAUUUAAUUUAAGAUGCUUGAUUUCUGAUUUCCAAGAGAUAACUGUUAUUAUCAUCAACAUUGUUAUAAGGCCUGAAAUAUGGUUUUUCACACGUAAUGAAUAUUGAAUAUAGAAAAGAUUAUCUUGUUGAAAAAAGUCACAUAAAAUGAAUGUUUUCAUAAACUUUAUAUUUCAGUGCUGCACUGAUAUUGUGUAUUGCGCAGUAGAUCAAUCUGUAUUUCAUUACUGUUCUAGUCGGAGACAUAUUCAUCUCAUUUUCAAGUCCAUUGAGUUUAUAGCUGACAAGCAGCUGUUACAGAAGUCUGUUGAAGCUAAGGCUUGGUUCACACUUUGUGUGCAAAGAAUGUUAAACUGAGAAAUAUACCUUUAAUAAGUUGUCCAAUGAUUACUGUGGAAAAUAUCCUUUUAUUGUAGACAGUUUAGGCCCACAAAAACCCUUGUGAAAAGCUGUACAGAAAUGUAAUUGUACAGAAGCUGUAAGUAAUGCAUCUGCUAGAGGCAAAGAGAAACCUAUUAGGAUGAUGCAUGACAUUCAGGGUGUGUGAUGAUGAUCCUGCUGUUUUGGUGUAAUAAUGACUACUACUGAAAGAUCAAAUUAGCUCCAGUAUGACUCAUGCCUUACACUACAGCCGAAUAAGCUAUGUUCAAAAUAACACACACACACAAAAAAUGUAAUAAAGGAUAUGAAUUACUACAUUCAUAAAAUUUAAAAAACCAUAAUCUGGAAUUAAAGUUAAUUUAUCACAACAUAUUUGCUGUCAGCAGAGGAAGAUUUAAGAGCAGUUGCUGUUGAUAUAUUGUGUUGUCCAGGUAUUGAACUGUUAGCAGUUGUUCUUCUGCCAUAUUAUGUACCAAGGGAGUUCAGUCAUAUCAUAACAAUACCUGCAUAUGUGUAUUCUCUAUGAUACUGUUGCUAGGAUACAGACUCAACAUCCUGAGGCACUUGUAAUAAUACCAUGUCACUGUAUCCUCUCACCUGACUGGAUUUACAGUUUGUUAACUGUCCUUCCAGAGGAAAAUUUUCAUGAUAUUCCAGACAAAUUAAUUUUCCUUGGGGUUAAAUAAAGUUAUUGUAUUGUCUUGUAUCCCUGACGUUUGGGAAUAACCUGUGAAUGUUGGAGCUGGUUCUAGGAUGAGAAUGACUUCGCCACGUAUCAAGUUUUGUUCCUGCUUGGUUUCCGCUGAUAGCUUUUAAAACUGUUUGAAGCUUGCUCCAGAAGCUUGCAGAUUUGCUCUUUUUCAGCAUAUGUAUGUUUUCUGAAAGACCACGCUCCUUUAUUUAAUAACACUGGUUUGGUCCAGUUGUAUCUUUCUUGACUGUCAAGCAUCAGCAAGCAAAGUCCUCCAGCUUGCAGGAGAGGGAUGAAAAUAUCUUAAAAGCUUGAUUCUUUUCAAAGACUCUGAAUUUAGAAACUGUACUUGGUGGCACAUUUUGUAUUGAAGUGACUCAACAAACAGUGUAACACCUGCCGGCACACUUUCUCAUUUUCAGUCAAAUCAUUUGAACUUGGUUAUUCUUCCUUUCCUCCGGCGCUUCUUCUUUCUUUAUCUCUUCUUUCCACUCCGACACUGAUAAAUGUUCGGACUCCUUGCUCCACCUUUCAUCUUUGUCCACACACCUGAGACUUUAAACCACCUGCACAGAAAUAUCUGACUCCUCUGAGAUGUUUUUUGUCUAUUUUUCCACCUGCUGGUCCUGACUGUCUUUCUGAGCCACAGCCAGUGUGUCAAACUGUCUGACUUAACCUGCUCAGCCUUCAUGUCUCUCCUACCUUGGCAACGAUGCGUAUUGGGCUUAUUGUUAUUCAUUUGGCUUGCUUCCCUUCUUUCACUUUCCCUGCCACCAAUUCCCAAGUUGGCGGCCCCCAUUUGCCUGUGUGACAGUUCAGGUAUUUAUUUAUAGGCCUAAUGUGAUGAUUGAUGCAGACGGGUGGACACAGAGAUGCAGGAUGGAGAGGGGUGAUGAUUUUCCAGCAGUGAAAUGUUUGGCCAUCAUUUUCUCCUCCCGUGUAUGUCAGAUUAGCCGUGAGAGGUCUCUGUUUGCUUGGUUGAGAUGAAGGCAAAGCAGCGUGAAGAUUGAUGGAUUGUUUUCAAGUUAGUUAUAGAAAAAAAUCAACUCAAUACGUAGGUUGUCAAAAGGAAGAAUGUUCUGCAGUUAAAUAGGGAACAUGAAAAUGAAGGAAUAAAAGAGGAGAUGACAUAUUCGUCUACUAUUUUCAGAAACUGAAAUUUCUCAAUCAACAACUGAGCUUUUCAUCUCUUUUCAACUGAGAUAAGACAGCUGUUUUUUUUCCCCUUUGCCGCCAACUCAGAGCAAAAAAAAAAAAAUCCUUCUGAUUCAGGUCGGUGUGAGUCUCCAAACACCAGCUUUUUGUUCAUAAUGAGCACAAGAGGGCUGUUUGAGGAAGGCUAAGCCAAGACUGUCCUCCUAAUGAUGUCCACACUGUGAAUCAUUUAUGGGGCUUCACUUGGUAUUAGAGGACACAGGAGAGAAAAACACAGAGAGGCCCAGUUUUUCUUGGUUUAGAAGAAAAGAAAGAUUUCAAAAUAAGACUUGCUUUGUCUAGUUGGCUUCGGGGAGAUCAGAGCAGAGCAGGGGUGUGUGACUAGAGUUGUGGUCAUGAGUGGUGUGGAUCCUUUCUUGACAUCUGAUUGGCAACCAACCCGAAAUCCUAUCCUAGCGUGGAUAGCAACAGUUAUUACAGGGAGGGUAGUAGCGAACAUAGGCUGCCCUCGCUAGGUGAAGCCGCCGUGAGAACAGCACCCUCUGGUGACAGGCUGCAGUAUAGGUCAUAAAUCCCGCCUCCUCCAGCAAUCCCUAUGGAGCUGUGGACAAACUUUAGAAAUUUAUUACACAGACUAUAAAUUUUUCUCCCCCGGUUGCGAUGUUGACAUGUAGUUACUGCAGUGGUUCUCAAGUCCAGUCCUCGAGGCCCACUGUCCUGCAUGUUUUGUAUGUUUCCCUGCUCCAACACACCUGAUUCAAAUGAUCAGCUCGUUAUUAAGCCAUUACAGAGCUUGAUAACGAGCUGAUCAUUUGAAUCAGGUGUGUUGGAGCAGGGGAACAUACAAAACAUGCAGGACAGUGGGCCUCGAGGAUUAGACUUGAGAACCACUGAGUUACUGUCAGACUGGUUUGUGCUCAGGUCCUCUUUUUUCUGUACAGCUCCUUUUUUAAAAGUUAUUAGGGGGUUCAUGUUUUCUGUGAUUGACACUUGAUACGGCCUAUGGGUGUACAAAGAUUGGGUAGCUCACCCGAGGGAUACGCUGUUUGAGCCGAGUGUCAUCACAGCGACUCUUGGCGACUAUACUGCCGAAUGCGUACAACGCUACUGCGCAAUGUUGGUUUCAAGAAGUGGAGAAAAAACGUGGAAAUACCGAGAGCUUUUCGGCUUCAAAUCUGUAUACAGACGGGAGGCAGAACCAAGUUGUCCAUAGUAUAUACAGUCUAUGGUAGGGAACUGUUGUCCCCCCCACCUUGUGUGAUUUAUGUGUGAGUCUGCACUUACACUAUAUACCAUUCUGUGGGUCAUCAGCGAUACUCUUGACCACCAAAAGUGAGGACACGUCCCUACAGCAGAGUAAAAACACUUAUUCCAGGUUGUAUUGUCACGUGGAGUUAAGUUGUUUAACUCCACUCAGGGUUUGUAGUCAUUUGUCCUUCACUCAGCAGUUUGUGUGUGUAUUUGCACGUAGCUCCAUACAUCAAGGUGAACAAAGAGACAGAAAUAGAGAUAGAGCGACCACAGAGGAAUCCUCCCUGCAGAGCUAAUUUGUGCUUUUGAGUGAAGAGAUGAAACAGGUUUAGGAUGUGCCAAUUAUUGAGGCAUCACCAGUAAUCGUCCUUCACGUCAAGGAGAAUCUAUGUGUUUAAGUACUGUAUGUGCUGCUACCUGUUAUUCUGAGGCACAGUGGGAAACUUUGAAGUGCAAGAUGGACUCUUAUCGGUGUGCUACCUCCCUCAGAGCUCUAACAAUGGUUAGCGCAACAUUUUCUGAAAUAGCAAAGAAGAAAAAAAAAGAAAAAGGCUCUUCUGCUAUUAUUCUUCUGCACAGACUUUCCAGUUUGUCAUGUCCUUCAAGAAUUUGGCUCUCUCCCUUCUCUGUGACAUCUUCAUUUGGCUACUGCUCAUAUUUUAUGCACACACGUAAAAUACAGGUGGUCACAGUGUGAGGUGCUGAAACAUGUCUUUAACUGAAAUGAAACUUGUCAACCUUCCUCUUUUAGGGUUCAAUCCAGUUCGAUUUGUAUCAGAAUUAUAGAUACUUGAAUACAAGAAAAACUUCAAGGCUAUUUCUCUUCUUUAACAAACCAAAAUGCCUCAAACAGAGACUCCCAUGAGUUUUUUAUUGGUUAGUCGAGGCUUUUAGUUUUUAAGGUCUGUGCGACUGUGCUAAAAGCAUUGAAACUCUUAAAAAGAGAGUGCUUCAUAGAUUUUUUUGUUUAUUUUAUAUAUUAAAAGUAUGAGGGCUUUUAUGGUCACAGAUAAGUGUGUGUAAGACUGGCUGAAUAAGGGACUUUAUUGAGCUGCUUUGUCGAUUUGGUGGCAGCUGAAUGUUACUCGAGAGUGGCGUCUGUAGAGAAAAUUUGAUUGAAAGGCCUCCAGACUUCUCACGGAUAAAUUCUCAUUACACCUCGAGGCUGCCGCGAGUAUAUUUCUGAUUUAAAAUGCGAUUUUCUGUAUAAUGUGUUGCUGGCCUAUUGUACUUUGAGUGGAGGGUGAUUUGGUGUCUAAUUUUAGAGCACUUGCCUUUUCUAAAGUAGGAGCAUACUCAAAACUUUCAGUUAUGACAAGAGCUUUUACUGACUCAGAGCAGCAGGUUAUUAUUGGAGACAGACUACUAUUUCACUUGGCAGGUCUUGUGCCUCAAUUAGCUUCUUGUUAAUUAAACUGUUGUGCUGAUUAAAUGUGACCUUUUUUGUACGAUGAAUUAUUAUCAUUUAGUAAUUUUGCCAUUCCAGGGGGUACUUCAUGCUUUUCCCUCGGCUUUUUCUCUCGCUCUGAUGUUCAGAUCUAUCAUUUUCACACACUCACAUUUCUGUCUGUGACUCAUUUAUGGCAUACUUACUUUAAACAGAACAAGUUUUACAAACUGAAUGAGUCUAUUAGGAAAUACAUAAAAGUUUUAUCCAGUAUUUCAUUCAGUUAACUUCUUUAAAACGACUCUGUGGUUUCAUUUGGACUCUUUUAUUCAUUCACGGCUUAGUUUUGCAGGAUUGAAGGGACAUUCAGGGACAAAUUUGUCUGCGUUUUUGCUUUUACUUUUCUCAGAACUGUCAUUAACCUGCCUAAUCGUCUAUCUGUUUACGUUUCCUGCAGUCAAUGCUGUUAACUCCCAAGAUCUGAGCAAUGAAAUUAGUGCAGGAAAUGAACUGUGAUGAAUGAUAGACAACGAUGGACAUGGGUAUAAAGUAAGGUUCCCCUAACAAAACAAAACAAAACAAAACAAAACAACAGAGACUGUUGAUAUUUUUAAGAAGAGGCUCGAGACUCACUUUUUUAACCAGGCUUUUUACUAAUUGCCAUUUUAGACUUCUUUUACUGCAAAUGUUCAUGUCUCAGUGUCAGGCCAUGUCUCUUUAAAAUUUUAUCUUAAAUUCUCACACUGUGUGCGGUUGUGUGUGUGUGUGUGUAUGUGAGGGUGGGUGUGUGUCUCUGUGUGCGUGUGGGCCCAUGGGUGUGUGGGUGGGUGGAAGGGUUGGGUUUUUGUCUUUAUUGUUGUUUUUAGCCUCUGUGAGGCACUUUGAAUUGCAUUUACUUCUGUAUGAAAAGUGCCAUAUAAAUAAAGUUGAAUUGAAUUGAAUUGAACAAAAUUGUGCCUGUGAAGCUGUUUCUUUUUCAAGAGGCCCACUUUAAAUGCACAAGUAAUGUUUUAAUUGACAGUAUCAAUGAAAUACACUGAAAUAUACUAUUAAUAUAUUUAUACUGAGUCAAAAAUAUAAACCCAAAGCAGAAAGUUAUAGGAUGUGCAAAUGUGUGAGUUCCUGUGCAUUUGUGUAUUUGAGUUUGUUUGUAUUCACAAAACAUAAUAAUAAAAAAAGACAGAUAUUCAAACCAUUGAUUCCUACAAACUAUUAGAGGCUAUGGUUCACUGUGUCUUAAAGAACAGGACAGCCUCAUUCUGGAGAUUUAUCGACAGAUUGUAAAUCAAUUUGGAAACCUAUUAGCUGUCCACUCAGCCACCUUUCAGUGCCUUGUGUUGAGACUAUCGACCAAUUAGAGGCUGUUUUCCAAAAUUUCUACCAACUCAAGUGCAAAUGUAAGUCCCUGUUGAUCUCCAACAAUGUUUGUACAGUGAGGUACUUAAGGACAAACAAUUGUGCUGCAAACCAGUGAUGGAUGAAUUUGAAUCUACAUUUUCAUUACAGCUUAUUCCUUUUACUCCCUGGAUAUAAAGCAUCUGGUGUAGUUGGAAAAAAGCACCUACAGUGCCAAAGCUACCACCAAAGUGGGUUUGCUAACCAUCAUAUUACUGUAAUUGGUUGACCAGCUGUCUCUUUCCAGCCUAAGCCUCAUCAUAAAUCACCAGGUCAGACAAACUGAAGGAUGCUUUUAAGGAAACUUGGGCUUCAAAAACCCUUCAGUCUUGCCAAAUCACCUUCAUGCCAUAUUUCAAACUGUGGUUUUAACCAGAAUGUGAGGAAAAAAAGGGUGUAUUGUUUUAUAUGUGGAAUUUAGUAAUUAAUAGGAUUUGUUUUUUAUUGGGGUUUACGCUGUUGUAUACAGCAUGUUACUGUUUUUUUUUUUUUCUUCCCAAUAUCAGCUCUGAAAAUAGAGUGGUAAAAAGUAGCAGCUUACUGUAAAAUCUACUUGAUUUGUGAGACCGGCAACUUUCAGAGAACCAACUCUGCGUGACACCCAAGGGCUUCAGAGACUGUCUGGAUCUAAUCCCUCAUUAAUUUUCUAGCUAAAUAUUGUCAUUUCUGUGGUUAUGUGACCGUGCUAAAAUGAAGACAGAUGUUUUUUGGCCUGUUGACCAUUAAGAGUCUGUAUCGCUGAUCAGUAGACCUUAUAAUCAGAGUUGUCUUAUAUUUGGAACAGUAUGAUCAUUUUUACGUAUGCUGUGAAGUGCCCUGUCUUUGUUCUUGUAGAUAAGGGUGGGGCAGCUAUCUAGUGCUCACUGUGGACCAGACGCCACUGAUACUCAAAAAAGUUGCUGUAAAAUUUUUGAGUAAAUAAAAUGUGCUGAUAUUGUGAGUGGGCAUAUGCUGGAUAUUUACCAAGCUUCACUAGGAAAGCAGACAGGCAUAGAAGAGCAAAGAUAAGGAAGAGGAAAACUGUGUCCUUGUGUAUCUGUCAGUGUGUGUGGGUGUGCAUGUGUGUGGAUGGUUUACAUGGAGUAGAUGUUUUAUAAAAUAGGUGCUCUUGUUUCCUUUGCUCUCAUGCUUCCAAAACAAUUGUAAGACACAAUGACUGAGCAGCCUCCUCUAUAGCACGUCCUUCAAGCUACUUGUACAAGGGUUUAUUUGUAUUCCACGUCUGUUGUUGUUGUCAGCGUGAAGUAUAUUGUUAUUUGAUUUCUAUAUGAAUUGCUGCUCUUGUGAUCCUCUGUAACAAUGAAUAAAACCGCAAACAAAGCUUGCAAGCAGACUUUGAGAGGCUUUUCAAGAAUUCAGUCAAAGCUCUCUAGUCUCUGCUUGAUUGAUUGUAUAGCAGGAGUACUAAUAAAAUCAUCAUUGUCAUGCUUCUGAAUCAGUCAUUAUUGUUCUAUACCUGGCAUGAGCUCUCAUCUUCAUUUGGCUUUAUUGAUUUCAAGAGGGGGGACGAUGUGGAGAAUUGAUUAUUCUAAUUACACAUUCAUUCCAGUGGCUUUGCAAGACAGGAAUAAUCCAUCAGAUCUUGUCAACAGAGAACUGACGGAAAUGUCAAUCAGAAAGACUUAUGCAGCUUUACGAUUCAUUAAUCCUGGGAUAGUGAGGUCUACCAGACGGCUUAAAUCAUCUUCUGUUCCCAAGCUGACAAUUUGUUUUCUUGUGUCCUUGAUAGAGGUCACGGGAAGCCUUUAUUCAGAAAGCUAUUGAGCAUCCAUUAUUUUGGAAAAUGUUUGUCACCCAUCCAUCAGUACAAUGUUUCUGCAUCACUUGGUUUGGGGUUUGGAUCAUUUUUCAAUUUAUUCUGCCCGUCAGUCAAUAAUUUGUGUGUCAUUGCAGAUUGUGUCAAUCUCAGUCAGUUGCCCUCUAAAUGUCCUGCUGGUUAAAGGUAAUUAAUCUCUACAUCCUAUCAUCGUGUGCCUACCUCCACAUUUACCUCUCUCCUAUGCACAGAGGACUCCAAACCUACUUUUUUUUUUUCGUACAUGAUCAUUGGCUUUAUAAUGGAUGCAGCUCAGAACCUCGUGUGUGAACACUGAUGCAUGCAUUGAAUGCUAAGGCUGGUCUCAGUCCGACUGAGUCACAUACAAAGAAAAUUGAAUCUCAACCACAUUAUCUAGGUAUGUUUCUCCGACUUUGAAGGGUUUAGUUUUAUGUGAUUUCAGUCAAACUCCUGGCAAUACAUUGUUGUUGUUUUUUUAGCAUGUCAACAUACAGACUGAUAAAGAUGGAUAACAUAUCUCUGUCUAUAUUCCUAUUAUGUGAAAAUAAAGCAAAGUCAUGUCCCACCCCUUCCACUUAUUAGAAAAAGUGAAUAAAUACAUAAAAGUAAACAGCAAGAACCACAGAUUUGGAUAUAUUAGAGGACAGCUUGAUGUGUUGGUCUAAGGUACGUAGAUAAUAUUCUUAAAACUUGAAUAACUGUAGUGAUAAGAGAAGAUAAACCUUAAUUCAUCCCAUGGUGAGGAAAUUGCAAGAGAGAAAUAUAAGGAGCAACAACAAAAACUAAACGGUUCUACACAGUGAACAAAAAAGAAUUGGACAUGUUACUGCACAUUAUUUGAGUUUAUAUACCCAAGAAAAAUGAAGGUAUUGGCUGGAUCAGUGACCGUCACUGAGCUCCACCGUGACUCAGAUGCCAGCAAGGUGGAGGUGGGGCACUGAUAAGGACCAGUGUUAUUUAAGAUCUGCCAGUUGCAUCUUUUUCAGAUGGACUCAAAAUCAACUUCCAAACCCACUGUCAGUUUUAAGAGGACACUUUCUUCAAGUAAUGGUACAGGAAAAAGUCUACGUCUUUCAAGAAGGCUGUGCUAUUUAUGCAGGACAAUGCUCCAUCACGUGUAUUGAAAUACUCUACUGUGUAGCUAACAAGUAAAGGCCAUAGAGAUGAAAGGAAUAAGACUUGUCUAAACGGUGUCUGGGAGGCUGUGGUUGCUGCUGCACCAAAAGUUGUUUGUCAACAGACCAAGAAACUGAAAAAAUUCAUGACUAUUACUAAAAAGAAGAGUGGCGGUCACUGUCUUUUUAAAGAAAUUGUUACUUGUCAGUUUGAGUUUUUUGUUUAUUAUUCUCAGAGAGAGGGGAAUUUUUUUUGCUUUUUCAUUUAGUUGCAUACUAAUUCUGCGCACUCAUAGUUGCCCAAUAAUUGUGCAUACAGAGAUAUUCUCCUGAGAAAGCCAAAACCUCACAGAGGUUAAUGGGAGGGUAAUAACAGGAGAGUAAUGAUGGACUACUGUGACCUGCACGGUGAAGGUAUCAUAACUGAAGCUGUUAAACCACUAAGAGUAGUCUUACUGGCUUUACUUUUUACACUAGGGAAGAAGAAAAUCAAUAGAGUAAAGGGCAAAAGGGCAAAAAGCUUGUGUAUUGACCUGAGAGGUGUCUUUGAUAAUAACAAAGUUCGUUUGAACAAAGAUAACAUUUAAAUUUCAUAUGAAUAAAAGCAUACUCUUCACAAUACAGAUACACCCACUGUGAGUCCAUGUACAGAGAUUUCAAACAUCCAGUCAUCACUAUUUACAUUCUGUACUGAUGUCAUACGGUAUAAGAUAUAGAGGAACAAAUAUUGCGAAAACUCAAACUGAAUUUCAUUUUUCAUAAAGUAUUCCCUCCGUAACAUUUCUAAACUUAUAAAGAUCUUUGGCAAACACGGAGGAAUGAAAGGCCAGUGGUGACCGGCAGGCACAACUUGUUUGCUGGAUUAAUGUGAUUGCCAGGAUUUGGAUUUGGUUCAUUGGGCCUUGGGGUGCCACAGAAAAUAUGCUGUCAGAAUAAAAAAUUCUCACAGUUCUAUAAACACAACGCUCUGUUAUUUGGAGGCCGAAAUAAAAAUCGCCUGUACAGAACAAAAGAGGAGACGGGACAAAUAAAGGCAUGCUGACCCUGACUAAUAACAACAUAAUUUGGCAUGAUGGUUUGAUAUGAUAUUCUGAUUUUCAGUUGGAAGGUGCGUUGGUAGUGUGGUCAGUCUGUGGUCCUACUUCCAGUUUGAUACAACAAUCUAACAGUGAUAACAUGCUAGCUCCUCAGGUCUUGGACCAUUUUUAUUUAGUACCUAGCAUUAGCUUAGCCCGGCUACGCUAAGCUAAUGAUUGUAAAACUCUCUGUGACUCUCGUCCACAGAGAGUUUUACGAUCAGCCGACUGACUUCCUGUGCUCAACAGUUAUAUGUGAUAAUUACUGCUUAUUUUGCUGAUAGCUGAGAAAUUAAUUCCUGAAUGUUUUAAGCUAAAAUGAUGCUGGAGACUUUCACCAGAGCUCAAAUGGCUGCAGUUUUACUCAAGACUACAAAGGAAUAGAAGCUGCCCUAAAAACAAAACAAAACAAACAAACAAACAAAAAAACCUUUUGUAUUUACUGAGAUUGCAGGUAAUAGUGCUGUAGCUGUCCAAGGUAGACUCACACAAGUUUGUUAUGCUUUUAAGUUUUAACAUGGGGUCCACUUACGCAAGUGAGUAGCCUAUCAAGCACCAAAAUCUAGGUUCAUUUUUUCUUUUUUUUCCAAGAAAUGUGACUGUAUUUACACAAAGUCUGAAUUUGCGCUAUCGUUCUUUGAGUUUAUUUCACCAAUUAAUAAAUUCAUUAAUCAAUUUUUAUUUAUAUAGCACCAAAUCACAACAGUCACUCAUACUGACUUACAAUUUGCUGAAUUUAACAUAUUAUUUCAUCUUAGGGAAAUCUAUGGAGCCCCUAGGUGCCAGGUCAAGACAAAAAAAAUUACAUGCAGAAAUGUGCGCACAGUUUAAGAUUAGUGUGUACUGUUUCAUAACCAGUGGGGACGGGUUCUUAGUUUGUACUUUCAGAUGACAAAUCUGUGGGAAUGGAUCUGUAAGCUGUACGAGCAAAUUUAAGAUUGUGAGCAUUUACAAAUCCAAUCUAUGCACACAGUUUUCAAACCAACGUAGACAAUACAGAUUCAUUCCCACAGACUCAUAGCACCAUCAAUAAGUGUGUAGACUGUAAAUCUGUACACAGGGAUAUUAAGCUGUGCACCUGGAUUUGCACAUACUUGUCCCUCUUUUUUUCCUUGAUCUUGCUAACAAAGCAAAAUGCAGCACAUGAAUUCAUGAACCCUGCACUUUAUAUAUAUAUGUAUAUCUAUGUGUGUUUUUACAUAUCAGUAUUGCUGUAUCAGGAUACUACACUAUUGUCAUCUAUGGUGUACCAGAUCCUAUCAUACUGUGCAAUUCUAGCCCCUCGAACAAACACCAGAACCUCUCUGGUUCCAUAAUGCAUUUUCAUCACUUAUGUCACAGACACACAAAGUAAAGGUCCUCCGUUAUCACCUCAGAUUCCUGUGUAAAGGGACGGCCUUGAGCUCACUUUCUGUGGGUGGUGAAUCAAACAUCACCAAAGGAAGCUGAUGAGGGGAGAUUCUUGGCUUGUUAUAACUCCUCGUCCUGUAAUUUCAGCAGCACCUUCAGCUGAUUGCAAAAAGAAGAAAAUCACCUCUUUUAUUUAAGUAUCUCCCUGGAGUUAGAAUAUCUUUUUCUUCAACGAGGUUCUUACUCUAAAUUCUAACAAUCAUCGUAAUAGAGUGCAAUCGACAUAAUUUUACUGAAAUGGCAGGCACUGUACUCACUUAUGCAACACGCUCUUCAGAUUAAUUUCUCCUCCUUCAGGGGGGUUGUCUCCUGGACCUGGUGGGUGACUCGCUGCCAGGGGUCACUGCUAUAUUCGAGAGAAUGUGGGUUGGGAAAGAAGUGCGCUCAUCGUGGUGACAAAAUGUGAGCAGUGCUUAAUAGCACCUCGCCUUCUGUCCCCUCUCAGCUGGAAAAUCAAUGCGGGGAAAAGUUAAUCACCAAAAUAAAAGUGGAGAGGAGAGAUGGCAGAAAAGAGGCAGGGGAGGGGACAAGAAGAAUGAACUGAUAACAAGAUCCAGAGGGGGAUGGUGUCCCAGCCUUCACUUUUCUUUCAGCUAUUACCACUUGUCAAUCACAUAUAUAUCGAGCCAGUUUCCAUGGAAAUGAAACCUAGCUACACCCCAGUGGGAGUUGUAUCCUGCCUCUCAGUCUGACUGACUGAGUCACAGAGAAGUGAUUGGUUUGUUGAAGAUAUUUGCUGGAGGGAUGCUGUCAAGUUAAUCUUUUUAAUUCAGCAGAUGUUACUCCUGAGGUGCUGCAUUUGGUGUUUUCUGCAUUAAAAUUGAAUGGUAAAUAUUUGUCUGGUUCAGACCCUCAGUACUUCACACUAACUGUAGAUAAAGACCGACAGCAAGUCUCCACCUCCUUCUUCUGUUAAACAAAAGCCCUCUUGUAAAAGCUGACAUUUGUGUUAGUGAUGUGACAGGAGCCAGAGCUGUAGCAGUGGAGAUCUGGCUGGUGGAGCAGCAAAGUUAAAAUCCCUUCCUUUCUGCCACCCAAAACCCAUUUACCAUAAAGCUAGUUCUUCUGCCAAUGUGAGGCAGACCCUCAUGUUUUUGGAAAGUUCAAUGACUCUAUUGCUUGUGUGUGUCAUAUUGUCUCUUGCUGUUCCCUCUUUACCAUGUUGCAUCACUGAAAAAAGGGGAUAAGUAAUCAGGAAAGCAAUUCGGCAGUGUUCCCUUACCAAGGAUGUUCAGCUGGAUGAAGAAACUCAGCUGCAUAAAUAAAGCACCUUUUAAGAGUAGGCAUUUUUUACCCAGUCAAAUCAGGUUGAGGAACAUAUGGUUAACACUUACAGGAACAGUAGCCACGUUCAAAUGGGCCAAAUUUCUUGAUCCGACUAAAAUUUUGAGGGAUCGGAUAAUCUGAAUCCACUGUAUAUAUGGGUUCAAAAUUGAAUAAUCCGAUCAUGAUGUGCAUACAUGUGCACCAAGUUUUAUUCAGAUUAGAAGCAUUUGGACAUGCGCAGAGUUGUCUGAUUUUGCUAAAACAACCACAGAAGAAGAGUUGUAUUGAUGCCUGUGAUGUCAACAAACCAACAAACUAUAGUGGCUCACUCCAUCCAGUUCAGGAGUUUUCCCCCUGUUAAAUGUUGUCACUCUAUGUCGCCCUUGCAGACUUAUUUUACUAUCAUGUCAAAGGUUGCACUGUGCGUGCAGAUGUGAUGUUGUUACGCUGUAUGUAUGCCUUACUAUGUUACCGGAGGAGCAGAUACGGCACCUGCGGUUGUGUAUUAUGCUAGAGUGUUACUAAUGAAACCUCCUGUACUGGCCUCAAUAAAUAAGCCAAAGGUUAAAGAGUGAAGAUCGAGUCAGGUUAGAGAGUCACGAUCAGAAUAAUUGUGUAGUGAUUUGAAAUGAGCCUCAUACGGUCGCACCAAAAUAUAUGUAGCGAUUUGAAAUGAGCCUCACAAGGCCGCACCAAAAUAAUACUUGGCGAUUGGAAUUUAUAAUAAAUGUCUGAAGAUUAAUAAUCUCAAAUUAUGACAUUUAUGCACUCGUUGAAAGGGGCACCACCCACCCUUAAUGGUGGGAAAAUAAAGAAAACAAAAGUUUAAUUCAGAAAUCAAACAUCAAGUCAGUUUUAAUUAAUCAGUCUUAAUUAAUCAGUCUUAAUUAAUCAGUCUCAAUUAAUCAGUCUCAUAUCUUAAGUCGAAAUUCUAAUUUCAGGGACUCCACUUCUGGAAGAACACUAACAGACAGGAACUUAGAAAAAUAAUGAUCUGUUUAUUACAGGAUAAAUGAUGGUACAACACACAUGCAAUAAAUGAUGAUAAGAUAAUGAAGAUAGAUAAUAAUAGGUGAAUAAAUAAAGAUUCUGAGUCAGGCUAAGAGCACUAAAGUUAAUGAUAGUGAGUGAAUAUGCGCUAACAUAUUAACCUACCCUAACUUUGGUGUCGAGAUAAACUCGGAUGUGGAUUUGGAGGAAUCUAAGAUUACCAGAAUAAGUGGAUAUCUGAGUUAUGAACGCAGGAGACAGCACCAGCCCUCUUUAGAGCUCUGGAGGUUUGCAUACUUAAGUGAGACUGGUCCUUGGAGAAGAUGGAGCAGGUUCCGAAGGUCCGGGCUACUGGCGGUUCGAGCGGUUCAGCUCAGAAGACGACUGAAGUCAGCCGAAGGAUGAGCCCGGAGUUGCAGCACUCAGGCCCGAAGCAAAAACCAGCGCCUGUGGAUCCUGUGGAUGCUCGUUUGGGUACUUCUUUAGUCUCACUCAAAAACUCUGGCACAGAGGAUGACCUGGGCCUGUUGGAUUGCGUUCGGAGGUGACUUUGAAAUCACGCAGAAAACUCAGAAAGACGAGGCUCGAAGAGCAGAGAAAACUUUCAAAAAUGGCUUCGCGAAAUUAAAGAAAAUCAAUCAAAGGCUUAAUCUUGAAUUGCUAUGUGCACAAGAAGUUGAAGUUUCAAAACUUGAACUAAGACGAUGUUAAAGAAAAAUCAACGUGAAUCAACACGUGGCGUAAAACUUAGAAGACUAAGAAAAAGUUCUAAGAGAAAACAAAGAAACGCACCACAGAAGGGUGUGGACAGAAGAGAAGGGGCAUAAGAGCCGGGGACAAGAGAGUCAGCAGAAGAGCAGAAGCAUAAGAGAGAUAAGAGGAAUAAGAGAUAAGAGAGCGAGCAACCCCACUCCACUGGUUUUAUCUUCUCACACUGGGAGUGUCUGAGGAGAAAGAGGAGGGGUCAUCGGGUCUCUGAUUAUUUGAUCUAACUUAUUCUUUUGGCUGGUAAAAGAGUCAGAUCUGAUACUCACUCACUAUGAUUAAUAUCAUUGAAUGCUUGGUUUCAUGAUAAAUAAUUUGAUACUAAACACAUAUGAAUGAAGUGUAGGAUCACAUCAAACAUUCUCAUUAUGUUUUAAGUAUCACAUUGAACAUGCUAAAUUACUCUGAAAUGAAACAGAUAGUAACACAUAGAAACUGUGAACAACAAAAGAGUAAACACAUGUGAAUGAACGUCAUCAUGAUUAAUAAUGGAUUCUAAAUACUCACAUUCAGAUUAUUCAGUGACAUUAUAACCACCUAAUGGUUAAGAUACUAAAUAAAUAACUAAAAUAUAAACCAAACAUUUCUAAACUAUUUCUGUUACUUAGAGUAAACUUGGGAUUCAUAGUCAAUAAAUUUAACUCUUAAAAGUUCAUGAAACAGUCUGAAAAGCUGUUGGUCUAAAGAACUAAAGAAUAAGGAUUUAUUCUGUCAGAUAAGAUAACUUGGCUUCCGAAGCACAUAGAAAAACGGGAAACAUCUCAUUUUAACACAAAUUUCAUGAUUAGACAGAUUAGUACAUUGCUGAAUGCAUAAGAUGUCAUGAUCAGUCAUUUGUAUUCUUUCACCAAAGGAAUGCAGUCUUUAUCAGUGUAUGGUCGAGCAGGGUUUUACGACCGAGGUCUGGAGGUCAGUGUCCCCCCUUAUCCUGGGGUCCGUAUGUUCACACACUUUAAGACGCUUAAUCUCAAAUGGGAGAUCUGGGUUAAGGUUAAUGUUUAUUUAGAUGGUCAGCAAAUGGAGUCAGUUUGAAAGGUAAUAAAAACUCUGUCUCUGUUCGCCGAACUGACCAAUCCUGAAGAGUCAGAGGUUUAGUCAACCUCCGGUUGGGUCACUUAUUUAACCUGAAAGUGCAAACACGUCUGGAAAGAUUUAUAUCCUGUUUCCUGGGACCAGAUAAGGAAACUUUCCUGUAAGGAAUGUGUGGGUUUCACAUCCAGGGUUGUCUUGAUUGCUACAGUCCCCCCUUCGUCACGGUGGUCCUGUCCAUGGAGCAUCGGGACGACGAGUAGACAACCAUGAAGCAGCAGCAGCAGCAGCAGGUGUAUGCAAAUAGGACUGAUGCGUCUCGUCAUCACUAUGUGAAUCACUAGUACUGCUUUGAGAUAAAAUUAAGCAUGCAUUAAGCUAUCAAAUAAAAUCGUCUAGUUGUUAGACUCUUCUCAGUUAACUAUUGGUAGACUAAUGUGAAAGAAAAUCUCCUAAUUUUCAAUAUUAAUGAGACUUAGAAAAGCACUCUUUAGUCUGAAUGCUAACUGGAUCUAAAGCUAUAGCUGUUUUUCAUGCUUGCUGGAGAAGUCUGAAAGUUCAAUUUCAGUUUCAAAAAUGGUUAAGACUUAGGUGGAAAAGAAAUGUCUGCUAUAGACAUAUUAACCAUCUGUGUAUGAGCAUAGUCAACCUGAAUCACAAACAUCAAAAGUUUACUGCACAGAGUUUCUCUUAAACUUUGUCUGUUAAACUUGGGGAUGAUGCUCUUAUCGGUUUGACUAAUUAUCUGCUAUUAAGUCUGAAAUUUGUCAAUCUGAGUCUUAAUGACAGAAAUUUCAGGUUUUAAUCUGUUCAUGGGAUAUUUGACAGCUGACAAGCUGACUAUAUUGACAGAGGAGAGACAAAUGCUAACAAAGAAAGCAGCAACUGGGAUUGCAGUCAUCAAUGUAUCACCACAGCAUUUGGAUAUCUUAUUGGAGUCAUUUAGCUUUGGCUGGGUGACUUCUGCUUUCGCAGGACUCACACCUUCAUGACUCCACAGUGUUAAUCUCAGUGGUUAGCUGAGUAGUCAUGUUUAUUCACCUUCAAAGUGGAUGAAACCGAUUGAGGUGGAUAAUAAGAUCGUCGUUUCUGAGAGUGUGAUUUACUCUGAUUCUGCCAGUCAUUCACCCCCCUUUGGUGGUGUUGGUGGUUUUUCCUUUGUCUGGGAUAAAACCCACCGUGACGGGAGUCUGAAUAACAACAGUUGGUCUCAAAGUUUACCGGGCAUUGGUCUGUGUCAGACCUGGGCCUUGGUGUGUAACUUUGACCUUUGUGAGUGUGUUGAGGUCGAAAAGGUUUUGGAGGCCUGGUUAACCACUCAUUUGGAGGCUUAUCGGAGCCUGAAAAUACACAAUCUGAAGCUUCGUUCAGCUCCAUGGGCAGUGAUUUUAUCUCCAUAGCCAACAGAGUAACAGGCUCUGCUUUCUUAGCCAAAGUUUGUCGUUGUUUGGCAAAACCUUUUACAGCAAGUUCACGAAGCUGUCGGCUAGUCAAAGUGUUUGGACAAGCUAAGACGCCAAGGUGAUGACUGGUGGUAGGGUGGAGGUUCUGGACGAACAGCGUUUUGAAGUUCAAGUCCUCCUCCAUUUCUGGUUCAUUUCGGAAACCAAAGUAAGCUUCGCGUAAGCGGUUGUAAUAAUGUUGGGGAGAUUCUGAUCUCCCUUGUUUAAUAGACAGAGCAGCAGAAAGGCCUGUCUGGGUCAAAUGAUCAGAAAACUCUUCAAUUAAUGCUUGGCAGAGCAAGUCAUAAUUAUUUCUGACAUGAUAAGGCUGUCGUUCAAGGAAACUGCUAACCUCUCGACUUGACGUCGCCUUAAUAAGGUAGAUUUUGUCAUCAACGGUUGCACCUGGAAAUUUCCUCAGGUAAAAGUCAAUGUCUUUCAAGUAGGUGCAGGUGUCAAUAGCACCUUGGUGCUCAGGUUCAAAGCGUGCUAUGUUACGAGCAAUUUUGUCAAGAUCCCUGUCUGAGGGAAAUGGCAAGAAACCACCAUGAGGAGGAGAGUAGGACUUUUGGCUUAAGGAUGACCUCUCAGGGUCAAGCAGGGUCCUGUCAUGAUGCUGAGAGAGAUACUUAAGAGUUGGUUUGGAAGGAAGUGAUGGCGCUCUCUCAGGAGGCUGAUCAUAUAUCAUUUCUUCGAGAAAAGUUUGCUUCAUGCGUUCUCUUUGGGCUCGACCUGACUGGAGGGAGCAUCGUAACUCUCUUUGGGCAUCUUCAAGUUCUUUAUCUGUCUUUUCUUGCCGUUCUUGAUAAAGAAUUAACUGUCUUUGAGCUAUCUGGAGCUGGUGCUGUAAGGUAGAAGUUUGCUUCUCCUUAACUUCAAGAGCUUCAGCACGCACUUUGACCAGUGCUUCCAAAGCUUUUACAUCUUCUGUUGCUUGCUCUAGUAGGGAUUCUGACUGUAUCAGAUCCUCUGUGGUCUUAGCAAGAUGCUUAUUCGUGUCAUCAAGUUCUUUCUCCUUUUUGUAAAGGUUUUCAUUAAGUCUUUCAAUCUUGUCUUUGAGAUCAAGAUUUUCUUCAUGACUUAUCAGUGAGGGAAGCUUUGACGCUUCACAUCUGGCACUGUGUUUUUCUAAAACACUUAAAGACUUCUUAGUCUCCUCUAGCGUCUUUUUCAGAGCGCUGUUUUCAUCUUUUUGCGCCUUUAUCUUUGCUAAAGCGCAUUCCAGCAAGUAGUCUUUAUACUCAAGCUGAGAAGACAUCAUGACAGACAUGCAUCUAGUGAGCUCUUUGUCACGAAGUGUCGUGGUUAAGGCUGUUUCCAGUAAGUCAGCCAUUUCAUCCUCCGGAUUGGAGGGUUUGGCCUUUUGAAUCUUAGUCAUGUACUGAGGUAUCAGCUGACUAGUCAAGUUUGCCAACACUGUGGGUAUGUCCCUCAGGGGGUCUCCCUGGCUGGACUCUUUUGUGUUAGGCAUGUUUGGUUUUGGUAAAGAGGUGCAGCUGGUUGGUUGAUGAGUUUGAGUUGACUUAAAAUAAAAGGAAGAAGCAAAAUAUCAAAUUAAGUGGGUUAAUCGACUUAAUUUAUCAGUGCUUGAUAAAGAGAAAGAGCCUAUCUGAGUAGAUCUCUAAUGGAGAGAAAAAUAACAUAGUUAAAUUCAUUUCAAUGAAAAUUGAAAACAAAAGGUGAAAUAAUGUUAAAUUAAAUUUAACAUCAGAUACAGAACCAUUGAAUAAAGGGUUCAGUUUGUCUCCGUGUUGCAGAGAUCAGCAAAGCUUAAAUAAACUGCCUGGUGCAGUUGGAUGAAUUGGCAAAAUCGAUGAAAUUGUCAAAUUAAGGAAUUAACUCUGAAGUUAAUUCACAAAUUGCAAUAAAUCCAAAGGUUCGAAUACCAAAUCUAUCUGGAAUGUUAAAAGAAAUUUGAAAUAUUAAUUAAUUUGUUCGUUAAUUAAUUAAUCUUAUGAGUAGGGUUAAUACAUUCAUGUAUUAUAGGGAACAGUAAAACUGCUCACUGGUGUGAUAAGUAACAACAGAUCAGGUGAUUGAUUCAAGGAGUUACUUCAUCAAUACAUCAAAAUCAAUGAUCAGUGAUUUAGAAUAAGCACAUCAAACUUCAUCAACCAAGUCAAUCACUUGAGUUAUGUCUGUAGAGUGUUACACACUGACUACAGGGAGGCAGUACAGCUGGCUGAUACUGCAGGCAGAUAAUAGCAGUGUUAGCUCAAUACCAAAAGCAACCAUGUGGGGCAGUAUGGAGUUGGGAGAACUGCACAAGCUCAACACAAGUGGAGAAGAAGAAGAGAAGAGGAAACAGUCAUCCAACUAGCCUCUUUUGGCUGUGAGGAGUUGGGAAGUAUGAAGGAAGGGGCCUUUAGGCUCUGCCUCCUCGAAGGGCCUUAUCUGCUUAAGGCCAAAUGGUCAGUCUCUCCACUGACAACAAAGGGUUAACAUUUCACAGCAGGCUGCGUCUGCACCCUCAAACAUAGAACUUUCCACCAUCUGCUCAGGCCGAUUGGUUCAAUAAAAUCAUUUACAGGAACAACAAUCAAAGUGACAAAUCCUUAAACAGCAGAUUCAACUGCAGACUUUAAAAUCACAAACGCGGCGAUUCGUGAUCACGGAUUUUGUCUGAAUUCAUUCAAACAACAACCUCCCACUGUUACAGUGGUUUCCUGUGACAGAUAGCUUAUCUGUCAGGGGAAAGGAGGAAAUCUAAAUCCCAUAUAGUUACUAGAACUUCAUAGCAGACUAUAGAGACAAGAAUCAAAGUGACAAAUCCCUCAACAGCAGAUUCAACUGCAAACUUAAAAAUCACAAAUGCGGCGAUUUGUGAACACAAAUUUUGUCUGAAUUCACUCAAACAACAACCUCCCACUGUUACAGUGGUUUCCUGUGACAGGUAGCUAAUCUGUCAGGGGAAAGGAGGAAAUCUGAAUCCCAUAUAGUUAUUAGAACCUCGUAGCAGACUAUAGAGACUUCAGGGGCUUGAAACCACAGCUCGGAGCAUCGCGAACACUGGGUUCAGCCAAAGGCCUUAAAUACAAGCGUACGGCGACGCAACAAUCGUGCACUUAAAUAUUGGACAGUCUAGACAGAGCAGAAGAAGCAGUUUCACUGCUACUCAGAACAACAUUUCACGCUGUCCAGCUCAAACACAGACUACAGGCAUGUAGUACAAAAGUGUGUGAAACACAGAGCAUAAAGGUUUUAUGCAUAGAUCAGGAAAACAUCAGAACUUAGUCAAGCAACUUCAGCAAGCAUAGCAUUGAUUGUGAUUAAGUCUAAAAUAGCCUGGGAAUAAGUUUCUCUCAUCAAUUUGGAAGGCUAAGUUUUAGGUUGUCUGUUAGUAUCCAGAAGUUUUGUUUGAAACCCCUCACACGGGGCACCAAAAUAUAUGUAGUGAUUUGAAAUGAGCCUCAUACGGUCGCACCAAAAUAUAUGUAGCGAUUUGAAAUGAGCCUCACAAGGCCGCACCAAAAUAAUACUUGGCGAUUGGAAUUUAUAAUAAAUGUCUGAAGAUUAAUAAUCUCAAAUUAUGACAUUUAUGCACUCGUUGAAAGGGGCACCACCCACCCUUAAUGGUGGGAAAAUAAAGAAAACAAAAGUUUAAUUCAGAAAUCAAACAUCAAGUCAGUUUUAAUUAAUCAGUCUUAAUUAAUCAGUCUUAAUUAAUCAGUCUCAAUUAAUCAGUCUCAUAUCUUAAGUCGAAAUUCUAAUUUCAGGGACUCCACUUCUGGAAGAACACUAACAGACCAGAACUUAGAAAAAUAAUGAUCUGUUUAUUACAGGAUAAAUGAUGGUACAACACACAUGCAAUAAAUGAUGAUAAGAUAAUGAAGAUAGAUAAUAAUAGGUGAAUAAAUAAAGAUUCUGAGUCAGGCUAAGAGCACUAAAGUUAAUGAUAGUGAGUGAAUAUGCGCUAACAUAUUAACCUACCCUAACUUUGGUGUCGAGAUAAACUCGGAUGUGGAUUUGGAGGAAUCUAAGAUUACCAGAAUAAGUGGAUAUCUGAGUUAUGAACGCAGGAGACAGCACCAGCCCUCUUUAGAGCUCUGGAGGUUUGCAUACUUAAGUGAGACUGGUCCUUGGAGAAGAUGGAGCAGGUUCCGAAGGUCCGGGCUACUGGCGGUUCGAGCGGUUCAGCUCAGAAGACGACUGAAGUCAGCCGAAGGAUGAGCCCGGAGUUGCAGCACUCAGGCCCGAAGCAAAAACCAGCGCCUGUGGAUCCUGUGGAUGCUCGUUUGGGUACUUCUUUAGUCUCACUCAAAAACUCUGGCACAGAGGAUGACCUGGGCCUGUUGGAUUGCGUUCGGAGGUGACUUUGAAAUCACGCAGAAAACUCAGAAAGACGAGGCUCGAAGAGCAGAGAAAACUUUCAAAAAUGGCUUCGCGAAAUUAAAGAAAAUCAAUCAAAGGCUUAAUCUUGAAUUGCUAUGUGCACAAGAAGUUGAAGUUUCAAAACUUGAACUAAGACGAUGUUAAAGAAAAAUCAACGUGAAUCAACACGUGGCGUAAAACUUAGAAGACUAAGAAAAAGUUCUAAGAGAAAACAAAGAAACGCACCACAGAAGGGUGUGGACAGAAGAGAAGGGGCAUAAGAGCCGGGGACAAGAGAGUCAGCAGAAGAGCAGAAGCAUAAGAGAGAUAAGAGGAAUAAGAGAUAAGAGAGCGAGCAACCCCACUCCACUGGUUUUAUCUUCUCACACUGGGAGUGUCUGAGGAGAAAGAGGAGGGGUCAUCGGGUCUCUGAUUAUUUGAUCUAACUUAUUCUUUUGGCUGGUAAAAGAGUCAGAUCUGAUACUCACUCACUAUGAUUAAUAUCAUUGAAUGCUUGGUUUCAUGAUAAAUAAUUUGAUACUAAACACAUAUGAAUGAAGUGUAGGAUCACAUCAAACAUUCUCAUUAUGUUUUAAGUAUCACAUUGAACAUGCUAAAUUACUCUGAAAUGAAACAGAUAGUAACACAUAGAAACUGUGAACAACAAAAGAGUAAACACAUGUGAAUGAACGUCAUCAUGAUUAAUAAUGGAUUCUAAAUACUCACAUUCAGAUUAUUCAGUGACAUUAUAACCACCUAAUGGUUAAGAUACUAAAUAAAUAACUAAAAUAUAAACCAAACAUUUCUAAACUAUUUCUGUUACUUAGAGUAAACUUGGGAUUCAUAGUCAAUAAAUUUAACUCUUAAAAGUUCAUGAAACAGUCUGAAAAGCUGUUGGUCUAAAGAACUAAAGAAUAAGGAUUUAUUCUGUCAGAUAAGAUAACUUGGCUUCCGAAGCACAUAGAAAAACGGGAAACAUCUCAUUUUAACACAAAUUUCAUGAUUAGACAGAUUAGUACAUUGCUGAAUGCAUAAGAUGUCAUGAUCAGUCAUUUGUAUUCUUUCACCAAAGGAAUGCAGUCUUUAUCAGUGUAUGGUCGAGCAGGGUUUUACGACCGAGGUCUGGAGGUCAGUGUCCCCCCUUAUCCUGGGGUCCGUAUGUUCACACACUUUAAGACGCUUAAUCUCAAAUGGGAGAUCUGGGUUAAGGUUAAUGUUUAUUUAGAUGGUCAGCAAAUGGAGUCAGUUUGAAAGGUAAUAAAAACUCUGUCUCUGUUCGCCGAACUGACCAAUCCUGAAGAGUCAGAGGUUUAGUCAACCUCCGGUUGGGUCACUUAUUUAACCUGAAAGUGCAAACACGUCUGGAAAGAUUUAUAUCCUGUUUCCUGGGACCAGAUAAGGAAACUUUCCUGUAAGGAAUGUGUGGGUUUCACAUCCAGGGUUGUCUUGAUUGCUACAAUUGUUUACAUGGACGUGUUUCGGAAUAACAAUCGGCAUAAACCACCCCUCUUGAUCGGAAUACAAUUUCUUUCCGAUUGAGCCAAAUUGGAUCAGAAUCUUCCAAACGACAUGUUUACAUGAUACAUUUUUAUUCCGAUCAGGCAUUUAUUCCGAUUAUCAGUGCCCAUGUAAACGCAGCUAGUGUAGAAAUGGGACUCACUAUGCAGCAUUUUAGAGAGGUCAGAUUCUAGACUGAAAAGCCACCCUGCUCGCCCCUCUUGUCUGUGAAUUGACUGCAGCCUUUGAGGAAAAGAGGCUCAUGCGAUGUUUGGUACAACUCCUUAUGUGUCAAGUUUUUGCCAUUAAAAUUUAAAGCCAAACCAUAUAAGCAGAUGGAAACAAAGUCCUGCUUGUUGUUGUUAAAAUCACAGUAAUGACAACAAGACUCCCCCCAUCCUCAUAAUUGAUUGUUUCAUUCCAAUUUACUUUGUUGUCGCUUGGUUCUUUGGUUGCACAGGUUUUGUCAAAGGAUUUUAUCUGGUAUCUUGCAGCUGAUGUAAAUUAUGGCUUCUUUUCUUUUAUACAUUAUGUACAAAUGGGAAGCCUAUUCUGCAACUUUUGAGGAGCUGUGUCAUCCAUCUUUUUAUAUUAAAACUGAAUUAGAGUAAAGAGCAGAAGUGAAAGAGCAGGAAUUUCUGAUGGUUUUUUCUUUCUUUAACACAGAAUGCAGUAAUGGAUUCUGAGUAUUAUGAGUCUGCCUGGUAUUGUGUGUGUUGUUUCUCCAAUGUUUGUGUCUCUAUGUGUGUUUUUGUGAGCAUUUGGUAGUGUGUGUGUGACUGCCUGCAGUCAGGAAGGCUUUCCCAAUUCUCAGUAAUUGGGUUCACUGUCUCGCUCUGCAGAGUCCUGAUUGUGCCUCUGUUUUGUUUCUCAUCUGAGGAACACUGUCGCUAAAUUCUGAUUAUGCAAAUGAGCCGGCAUGUCUUUUAAAUAGCACCGUUUUUGUUUACCAUGUCCUCCCCAUUCACUGAUGUAUUACAAUCUAAAUUGGCUUUAGAAAGAUAAGAAUGCCACAGAUAAUGCAUUAAAUUUAAUUAGCUUUGUGGCCGUUUUUUAUGGGAAUUGGAUUACAUUGGUGUUUGAAAGGAGUACACCUCUAAAAAUCAAGACACGAUUGGUUGUUUAGCAGUCAAAGCUGCCCCCAAACCAUUCUUUCAUCCACCCCAACAAGCCCAUAAUGAGCAUGUGAGGUUUUCUCUCUGUUUCAACCAAUAAUGUCUUGCAGCCCAGGCUUCCUAUUUCAAGAUCUGUUUUUCUCUCUCAAGCACCUGUAAUGAGAUGAUCAUUGGAAGUGCCGAGGAAUUCUUGCCUCCUGGAUACUUUGAUGGACAGACUCCCUGGCGGUCUGUGAGCCAGCAGGUUAAUGGUGAUGCUGAGAGGCAUGCAGAGAAAUAGACAGCUACCCGGAGAGCCGAAGAAGUCCACAGACAAUCAGGGAAAUGUUAAUGUAGUGAGAGAUGAUCACCUGAGGGGGGGUGAGGGGAGAGAAAUAAGAGACGAGGUAAAAAAUGAACAGGAGCUGUGUGUGUUUUUCCUUUGUUAUCAUAAUAAUCCUUCAAAAUCUGGUUGCUUGUCUGAGCUCAGGCCAGUUUUUUUUUCUGCUUUCUCUUGCUUUCACAGCCAAUAAUACAUUUCUGUCCUUUGUUAUCCAGAUUUUGUAUUAAUAACCAGGCAGAGAAAGAAGACGGCGCAUGAGUAUCUUUGUUUUUUUUUGGAUGUCUGUCAGCUUACUGUAAUUAACGAAUAUAAAGCCCAGAGGUCUUUCACUAGGAUGAAAGAUGAACCAAGUGGGCGGCAUUACGACUGUCAACACUGAAGAUGAUUUCUAAAGAGGCUUUGUUCAACGCCAAGAUUCAAUUAUUGUUCUGCUGUCAAACUCAAAUUAUUUCAUUAAAAAAUUUGUGAAAAGGACAAAUUAUUAUCAUUCCAUAUCAAUUCAUUAUAUCAGGAAAAAAAUGUUCAGUACAUGUGUUUGGCAGCCACUACCAUGGUUGUAUGGAUGUAUUACUCAUAUAGUUCGGCUGUUUGUAAAGUCAUGUCAUUGUUUCAGUCACUGUAAUGAGACAUCUUAGACCUCAGUUCAAGCUUACAUGAGCAUCCCUUGGUUUAUGUUGACAUUGGCACCCCUAUGUGCAAAGUGAUGCCUCUUACCUACCAGCCUGUAUAUGUCACAGUAUAGAACAAAAGCCUCAUCCUGUAGUCUUCAAAUAGUGACAUUUAUCACUCACUGUGAGUAAAUGUUGGGUACAAAGUCUAAAAAGGUGUUUUUCAACCUUGCUGUCAAUCGUUUGGUCUGACACCAACCCCCUCACAGAGUCUCCAAGCAUUAGAAAUUACCACUGUGAAAUUUUCAGACUUGCUAUUCAUGGCCUUGUUUGCUUUUGGAGGACAUAAAUAGGCAUCUGUGUCAGUUUCAGUUUGAAAUGACACAGAAUAAGUAAAAAACUGCUUAUAGUUUCCCACAAUGCCAACACUAUCAGUGGCCCACCAUGCACCUUGCCUGAAUCUUUGACAGCACAGACCAGUCUCUAAAUCUCUAAAUUUCUCUUAAUUGACCCAGUCGUAAAGUUUGACAUGAUAAAAAACAACUCAUUAAUCCUGUGUUAUGUUUACAGUUAAUCAAAACCACUUGGUCCUCCUAAUUUGUCUUGUGUGAUUGAAAGGACAGCUUUAACUUAGCCUUACUAGUCUUACUGUUGCUAUUUUUGCUUCAGUAUUGCUCACUAAAUAUAUAGACAUAUACAUAAUGAUGAAUAUUUAUGCACCAUUAAAAUCCACCCACUCUGGUUUGCAAGCCUGUAGACAUAUUUUGCAGCAUAAUGAAUUCUGUCUUCCUUCAGUAAAUAUUGGAUGUAUAGAAAAUGUAUUAAUUUUGUUAAUCUACUCGUAAUCGUUUCCAUUUUUGACUUAUUUAGUGUUCAAUCUAAUUUCUCUGGACUGGCAUUAACUUGGCAGUACCUGCAGUAUUUUCAGCUUGGUUCAUAAACUGCCAAAAAACGUUGUGUGUUUUGACUCGAAUCAUUAUCCCUGAUUUAAUUUUGAAUUGACAUACUAUCACGAAUAAAACUCAAACACCACAGGCUUGUUGUGUAACGCCUCAUUUUUCAUUUUUAUGGUUAUUCAGCUGGUGGAUUAAGACCGGGUGUUCUUUGUGCUAACUAACUAUCUGUCAAGAUUUCAAACAUAGCUGCUUUGUACUUUCUUUGAAUUAAUCCAUCUGCAGAGUAGGCUCGAGGAGCUAUGAUUAAAUCACCAACCAAAACUAUUUUACUUCCUGGAGCUCAAAUAUAUCAAAACUUACAAUGAACAAUAAGUGCUCUCUGUACUGCUUUGUUCAUUCAAAGUUAACAGACUGUCUGGGGAGAAAAGUGAAUGAAGGAGAGUGUAGAAGGUGUUUAACAAACGUCCUCUGACAGAUUCACUUCCCUCUAUGACACUUUCAAGGUCUUAUUAAUGAGAUAAACCAGUGUUGAGGAGAUUUCAUAGUGAUCGUCUAUUAAAUCAUGCAAAAGAAAAUUAAAAUACUGCAGUUCUUGAUAUCUGAAAAAGGGUCAGUGAAACUGUGUCAGACAAUGUAUAAUUGCCUUCAGCGAUGGAGCCUAUUAGCAGGAGAUAAAGGUUUUGUUGGCAGGACUGUAAGCUGUGCCGUGCCAUUAUAUGAAUUUUCUACAUUCAGCUGAACCAUAAGCUGCACGAACAGAUCUCAAAACUGGAUCAUCUCAUAAACACCAAGGUUUAGUAAAAGAAAAAUUACUUCAAGUACUGCUGCACUAAAAUGUUCUAGCAGAGCUGCCCUCUCUGCUAUUAUGAUGCAUUUUAGGAGCUCAAAUGUGUUUAGGUGUAUAUGUGAAUCUAGCUACUUUAAACUGAUGACGUGUCUCAGUCUGGUCACGUCUAAGCUCCUGUGGGAAUAUAAUGUUUAUGAAAUCAACCAAGAUUUACAUUUAUGCCUUUUUAUGAAAUGCAAAGCAAACAAUCUUCAACAUAAUUAAUGAUUUCUUUUUCUUUUUAAUGCCUGUAACCAGUGCCAGAGGGUAGGUCUCAGCUGAGCAGCUGAGGAAACAGCUCUGUUUUUACAAUUUCCACAACUAAAAUACACAAUAAAUAAUACAUUUGACCGUCUGAAGGCAGAAUGGUGAGAUUUUCUUUUUGUCAGAAGACACUUUUAAAGUGUAAAAUGGACAAGAUGAGCAAAGGCUAUUUUGUCCACAGGGGGGAACCAAAAUUCACAUUAGUUGAAAGUUCCUCACAUGAGCUUUAAGAGAAAAAUGGUGUCAUUCUGGGUCCCUCAAGGUAAAGACUCCUCCCUAAUGUACAGAAAACAUUAAGUCUCAUACAUAAUGGUAUCUCAGAAAGUUCUAAGUCAUAUACCGGCCCCAUAAUAUUAUGGCCCCAAAAUAAGCGCCUUUCUUGGAUACAUACUGUAGCUUUAUUGUUUUAGUACAUGGUGGUCCUGUGCUCAGCACAUACUAACCCCCUGGCUAGCUGAUCAUACUCAGUUGUCUGUUGUUUUCCUGUGGAUACCAGUGAUUCUAUGUUACAAUUUGACAACGGCUGAGUGUGUUGGAUCCAAGGAGAAACAGAGAAGUCCAUUUCUGGAAAAGCUUCUACACUGUGCUUAUAUAUUUUAACUUGUUGUGAUGUAAAAAAGAUUUAGAAUAUAAGCUGACAAUAAAAGAAGAAAGAAAGAAAGAAAGAGAAGUAUUAAAAUAUAGAUUGGGUCCAAAAUAAAGCACUGUUAUCUACAACCUUGUCAUUCAUAGUAGAUUUCAUUAAAAAUCAAAUCUCAUAUUCAAUGCACUCUGCAAUAUCAGCCUUUACAAGGAUCCACUCGGUGUUAUCAAUAAACUGGACUCUGUAUGAUAUUAAGAUUGACUGAUCCAGACCUUUCUAUUCUGGAGUUAUGAGCUCAUGUCUUGUGCGUGAUCGUGGCUCACUCUCACAGUUUGCCAUUUGCAUAGAAGUUUGCAAUUCCAUAUGCACUACUAGGCUAUACAGUAGUAUACAAUUCAUACGCUCAAGUCAUUAACUUGAAUGGCAGCUCGCAAGUUAUUCAUGUCUGCAUGUUGUUGUGUUUUGUGUUGGACAUCUGGCAUCUUGAUCUUGCACCACUAACUUAUCUGUGUCAUCCUCACAAGACUCAUUUACGGUAAACUUGGCAAACAUGUCCCAAUUAAAAAAAUUAUGGUAACACUUUAUUUGACGCCUAGCUAUUUGACCCAUUAUAAAUACAUGUAUAAUGUGUUAUAAUCAUGUUAUAGCACUGUAUAACUAUAGUUAUAAAUACUCAUAAAUGAUCAUAAUGCUUUAUAGCAAUAAUCAUAACACAUUAUAAAGCAUUUUAUCAUGACUUGCAAUGUCAGGUAAUAUAAUGUGUUAUUCUCACUGACAAUUCCCACAUAGAUAAUGCAUUAUACAUAUAUUUAUGAUGUGUUAUAAUUUGCUUAUUAACUUGUAUAACUAUCAUUAUAAACAGUCAUUAGUUAUCAUAAGGCAUGAGUGUUUAUAACUAUAGUUAUACAGUGCUAUAAUGUGAUUAUGACGCAUUAUACAUAUAUUUAUAAUGCGUUAUAGAGAUAGGUGUCAAAUAAAGUGUUACCAAAAUAGUUAUGGCAUAUUUGACUGCAUUUGACUUCAAAAGCUUUUCCCUUUAAAGUCUAUCCUUGCUCUUUUUAUGAGGUGAACCAACCCUUGUGUUUGAGUCUCUUAAAGUGAGGCAACAUGCAGUAAAAGCCCAAGUAAAAUCAUUAUUAUGUUUACAUGAUGAUGGUUGAGAAAGUGUAGUGAAAAAAUUAACCUGUGGUACCUCCUUUGCAAAUUAAAAUUGUAUUGCUCUCAGCUAUUAACUGAGAUUUUAUUCACCUUCCGAAAUGAGUUUGGUGGCACUUUGAUGCAGGAAUUAAAACAAACCUCCUGCUCAGUCAAUAGAUGGUUUUCUUUGAGUUUUUUUUUUAAAUCAAAGUUACUUAAAAAGAGAGUGUAUGAGUAACAAACCACCCACUCUUGUAUUGCAAUUAAUCCAAACCUCUAAGGGAAUGCAAAAAUGCCUUGGAAAUCUCCAAAGGUCUGCAUAAUGCUAAUUGUAGUUGAUCUUCUAAACACAAUACAGCAUAAAUGUUAAUUAUACCAUUAAUAAAAAUAAUAAAAAUAAAAAAAACUUGUAGUUAAAUCUUACUCUAAAUAGUGCAGGUGGUUAUGUUGGUACAAGCUGACGGAGUAAAUGUGAGUGUUCUUGUGUGGGCAGCAGUGACAUAAGCCGACUCUGCGUGACAUCCCCCUCCUUCACAUCACACCUCUGCAGCGGGAGGCUUACACAUCAGAGCCACCCCCUUCCUGCUGCUCCUCUUCACCUCCUAAUCAUUUUAAGAGGAAAUGAGGAAGCCUGUUGUACGUGCACAUGUGCACCCUCGCAUGAGCGCCCUAACAUGUGUGCGCCGUGUGACUGACAAACACACAUACACACAUGUAUGCAAAUCCAACAAGUCUCAUAUACGGCACCCCGCCAGGCUCCCCAGGGCGCACAGCUUGUGUGACAUUCUCCUCCUAAUGUAUGGGGAAAUGCCACAUGUGCAUACAUUACAGCUACGCCCGUCAGUAAAAAGCCGUUCGUAGCCCGGGGUAAGAUUUGCACACAUGGACCUUUAGUCUGAGCAGACAAACAUGUUUGUCAGGAGAGGAUGAUGCCAAGGGCAAAAAAUGAAGCAGCAGCAGCUGGAAUGAAGUCUGUGUAUUCUUCAGCCAUGAGGUGACAUGUGUAUGGAGAUGGUGUAUCAAUAACACGACACAAUGCCACAGGGGACUGUUAACUGAUAGUGUUAAAUGACACUUAGCUGAAUGAAGAUUUCCAUGUUUGUCUAACUCACAUUGAGUCAUUGUGUUGUUGUUUUUUCAUCCAGUUUUAUCAUAACGCCUGGCUGCUCAGCUAUCAUCAUCAAAAAGCAUCCCACUGGAGCGCUCGCUCCCUCUCUCGCUCUCUCCCUCUGUCUUAUUUUCAACUCUUUCGUCAUUGUUUUUUCAUUCAAAGCCUCUCUGAAGAAUACACUUUUCAUCUAAUCUGCCGUCAGCCUUGGCCUUUUUGCACCCCUCGCACAUUCCUCCCUGCCACCUGCCGCCCGGGCAUCGUAAACACACCCACACACGCACCCACGUACUUGCACAUAUGCAUGCACACACACUUGCCAGUGUAGGUGUAAAAGGUCGGCCGAAUGCCAGUUUAGGUGCGAUGGCUCUCUGGUCCCUGUCAUGGUUCCCCACCCACUGCUGUCCUCAUCAAUUAUACACGGCCUGUACAUAGUAUGUGUGUGUGAGUGUGUUUAUGAGAGCAGGUGCUCUUGUGCAUAGGAGAGCUGUAUCAGGAACAAACUGCGCAUAAUUUGAAGGCUCCCGGACACACACGAGGGUGAGAGAAGCUACGAGACAGUGGCAUUAUUGGUUUGGGGCUUUCUUUCUCAUUGGUAUGCUGUUUAUGUGCUGUGUUUAUGUGUGUGUGUCCUGUAUCUAAUUGGCUUUCAGUUGACCUGAUGGCCUUUUCCUUAUAAAUCAGUCUGCAUGGUCUGGUCGGUGAAUGAGAAAUGAAUCAGGAGGCACAUUCACACACACACAUAAUGAUACACAUCUACAGACAAAGGGUAAUUAGCUGUAAGGGAAAGAGAACGUAUUCAUGUGGGGAAGGGGCAAAGAGAAAGUCUUUAAAGUUUCAGAUUCAUGGAAGCAUUGUUUUCCUUUUGUUCCUCCCUUUUUCUUUGCCUGAUUGUCUUCAAAACAAAAGCCUUUUACUCAAAGUGCUGUAAAAUAGAGCAGUAUCAUUUUGUCGCUCUUAAUAGAGGUUUUUGUGUCAUUGAAGCUUUUCUGCGGAUGUUCUUGCAGACAGAGGGUGGACCUUCUUUUCAGCACAGUCUCACUUUGGGCGUUGGUAUUUUGGCGUUGGUAUUGUUUUUGGAUGUUACUUUUUUUUUUAAAGCUUGGCAGCAAAAUUUGUGUACUGUCAGGGUGACAUUAGACAAACAAGCCUCUUAGCCCUCCGUGCAUCCCUCUUUGACAGCUGAACCUGCCCUGCUGCCUCACCGAGGGAAAAAAGUGGCAGGGGAUGCGAUGCAGAGAAGAAACAGACAUGCCCUGCAGCUUCAUAACAUCUCAACAUCAACCUUAGCUCUCUAUUAUUCCCUCUGAGCAAAACAGCGAUUGAUGCACAGUAGCUGUAAACAGCUUAAGUGCAGUAGAUCAGAUCUCCACCUCUUAUCUUCUUAUGAGUCAGCACAUUGUCGUAAGAUUGGUCUAGCACUCUGAUUUAUAGUGAGAGCUCUGCUUCUGGUAUGAUCUUGUUGAAAGGCUUUGGAGACACUUUCUAAGGCUAGUACUGAAUAUCACACAUCUUUAUGUGUUAAAAAAAUCAGAGGCAGCUUGCUGAGGUAGUUACAUGGCUGUGUCUGUGAUUGGCUGCUUGAUCAGACAUUUACUGUGGAUCAAAAAUUGCAUUAAUGUUAUUUUAUAUUUCAGUUGAGUUAUGUUUCAACCAAUUAGCCCAAUGUUAUCCCAGGGAUCACACAUGAACAAACUCCUAAAAACUUCAGGAGCUACAGAAUGACCCCUGAGUGAAUUAUUCCUGUAAAGUCGGGGUGAGUUGAUGUGAAAGAAAAGCAGGAAAUAUUCAGGAAAAUUCACUCAAAGCAUGCAAGCAAGAGUGAUGACGUUCAUAACAUGCAAGAAGUAGGAACCUGGAAGAGUGACACAUAAGUGUGCGAUGAAUAAAAACCACAUUUUCCACAGAGAUGUGCGUACAUACACCGCUUUAAAUGUCUCAUAGAUAUAAAUACAAAGACGGUCCUCAUCCUGCAUGGUCUCUGUUCCAUCAUUAACCGUCAUGUUGUUAAUAUUACACUGUGGUCCUCACAGCAUGUUUUUGAUGUCAGGAACAUUUCAGGAGUGCAUAUGAACUGACAGGUGUUUUCUGUUGGCUCUGUUUUGGUCUCCACCAUAGACUGUAUAUAGCCACCCCGAGAACAGCACCCUCUUAUAUUACACCGAAUAUAAUUUUUUCUUCCCCCACUUGCAAUGUUGACAUGUAGUUACUGUGAGACUGGUUUGUGCUCAAGUCUUCUUUUUUCUGUGCAGCUCUAUUUUUAAAAGUUAUUAGGGGGUUCAUGUUUUCAAUGAUUGACACUUGAUACAGCCUAUGGGCGUACGCACAUUGCGUAGCUGUUUGAGUCAAGCGUCAUCACAGCGACUCUCCCGCCGAAUGUGUACAAUGCUUCUGCGCAAUGUUAGUUUCAGGAAGAAAAAUUAUGGAAAUACCGAGAGCUUUUCGGCUUUAAAUCCGUAUUCUGGUGGAAGACGGAACCAAGUUGUCCAUAGUAUAUACAAUCUAUGAUAUGAUGACAGGUGUUUUCUGUUGACUCUGUUUUGGUCUCCACCAACUUGUAAGGUCAGUUUGGCAGUGAAUCAUUGCUCUGUGUUCACCAGCUGUUUGUGUUUGUCUCCACGUGUGUUUAUACUAAGUUUAGUUGUUUUUUGCUCCUGAGUAUGACAUCUCCUUGGCUAUACCUCAUUGUAAUAACUCAGCAUUUGCUCCCUCUUAAUUAGACACUGCAAAGAAAUUUAAUUAAAAUUAAUAAUGCAAAACCCUUGCUUAUUAAAACCAAUCAAUUGCAGGAGCUCUUAUUUAAAACAAUGAUAGAGUCUCUUUAAUGUUCUCCCCUGGAGAAUUAGGUUUAAGCCUCAUCAGCAGAAUAUUUAAUGUUGGAGCUGUUUUAAUUGAUUUUAGCAGCAUAGCGCUCUGUAAUAUGUUUCUUUUAGGUUAACAAACAUCUGGAAGCUUUGUGUACUUUUACAGCAAAGUGUUAGCCUAAAAUAUAUGUUUUUUGCCCUGUUCCUACCCUGUAUACUCUAAACACUUUCCCCUCUGCCACAUUUGUCUGCUGUAUAUUUUCCCACCCUCUCUUUACACUUUGUCCUGUGCCUAACAAGCUGUGACAUAUAGAGCCAAAUGGGUGUAAUAGUGGAGGACAGUGAGGCUUAAUGGGAUUAUAGACCAACCUGAAAUACAGCAAUCCUCAUGUUAUUCCCCUACAGCCAGUUUCAAUCCUAUCAAUUCUGAGUCAACACUUGCAACAUAAUAACAGGUCAUAGACUCUGAUAACAGAGGCUCAUGCUGGCAUGGAAAAGCAGUGGGGUCUCCAGCCUGGAAUAAAAGUAUUCAUUUAUCUGCAGAAGAAGACUGUGCCCCUCAUGGCAGGGUUUUAUUAGUCUGACUGGCUGCUCAGUGUUGCCGGUGGCGGCACUUCUAAUUAUGCUGUGUCACUUUCUCCUCCUCUGUUCCCUUUUUCGGCAGCCUCUUCACCUCCAAAUCUAUCUUUUUCUUCUUUUCAUUAAGCUGCUUUGGCAAAUUUAACCUCUCCUUACAGCUAAUUUUACCUUUUUUUUUUAACCAUUAUUACAAUGUCAUGGAAUGACAAGGAAGAUUUCUUUCCACAAUAUCAGAACUGAAUCACUCUGUGUUCUGAAUAAAUCAAGAAUCAUUUGUCUAUCAGUAUUGUGAAUGGUUGUCCUACCCAAUUAUACCAACAAUAAUGCAAUUUUUCAGCCAACAGCCAAGAAUGUCCUUGAGCUGAUAGUCUAUUUUAUGUUUAAUCAGCCAGUAUGAUUGCUGUACUUGGAAAAUAAAUGAAAAGAAAGCCUAGUUUUCAAACUUCUCUGUCAAAAUAAUCUCAAUCUUGCCAUCACACUUGUGAGUGUUCUUGUUCUGAGGAGAGCCAAAGUGAUUGUAAAAUUUGAAUUCAACAGUUUCUCCCAUCUGCUGCUCCUUUAAACUGUAUUAAAACAUGGAAAGAGGCAGAGACGAGCAAAUCGAACUUCAUAGAGUCAAUGUUAAAUGAUAAAAAUACACACAAUACACACAUAUUAAGUGUGAAGCAGGGGAAAAACAGCAUGCAAUGUCCAUCAUAUCCAGACUCUUAUUUUUACCAGUUUACAUCACUUCUCUCCUGUCAUGCAACACUUACCUUCACAGUGUCUCCCACAUUUAUCAUCUUUGAUUGCAGGUGACAUAUCACAUCCUGUCAGAUGGUUGCCAUGGUAACUGUCAGCUGCUUGAGGCUGUUUAUGAGAUGUUAAGGCUCUGGCUCUAAUCAUAGGCAAUAAAAGGAUAAAAAUACUGAAAAGCACAUUUCCUGUACUCCUGUAUGGACCGAGAGAGUGUAAAUAAGGAUCGCAAAGGCUCCUUUAAAACCAAAUUAAAGUUGUCUACUUGUUCAUAUCAGAUACUUUAAGAUGUCAUAUUACUAAUCAUUUUAAUACUUUAAAUUAAAAGUAUCAUGACUUCAAAGAGGGGGUUAGAAAACCCACAUACACCCCACCACCCCUUCACCAUUUAGUGUUGAGGAUGAAUUUGCUCCACAUUCUCCUUGCCUAUGCGCCUAUGGGCAAUCACAUGACAAUGGAAACUCUGUUGCCAUGACUACAUGGUCGUCCAUAAGGGCCACAGUACUGAAGGAAAUUGGGUGACCUUUUUCUUGUAUAAGUUAAAAUAUCAUGUGCUGUAUCCAGACAAAUAUGUCGAGGUUUCUACAUUGAGUAAGAAAAAAAGAGACUGUAAUAAUGAUCCGUCUUCACUGGGGAUUGAUCAAGACGCGCGGCAUUGCUGUGUGAAUUCACCAUUCUCAAAUAUGAUAUGGAUUUAUCUGGGAAACACAGUGGGCUGGAAAGGGUAAGAGACACAAAGAUUGACAUGUAAGAGCCAAAUUUCUCUCUCAGAACAACUUUUCCUCAGAUAGCACAGGGCAGCUGAGAGAUUGUUCUAAUUAAGUUUCAGGUCACACGGCAACACAGACGGGAGCUCAUGCCAGCCAGCAGUUUUUUAAAUUGUGUUAGCCAUUUUGCUCUGCCUGCAGUACCUGGAGGACAGGACCCUGUCUCAAAUGAAAUAAAUUGAAUGUGACAACAUAUGCCUCAUAAUGUGUGGUGCUGCUAGGUGUAAAGAUAGAGGUGGAGGUUAUAAAUGGAUGCUCUGGAUAAUAGACGAAAGAAGGAAAAGCCAUUGAGAGAGAAAGAUGAUGGUGUAACCUGUGAGCAUGUGUUAUUGCUUGGGCUAAUAUAUUUUGUGCAUGUCAUUAUACUAAGAUGCAACACUCAGUCUUUAUAGAAAAUCAAUUAUAAAAAAAAAAUCCCUUUUCCUUGUGCUUAUGUGACAACUCAAGCUGAAAAAUGACCAGACCUGACUCAUGCUGGACAUUUUUAGCCCACAAAGAACACACGCCAAGUAGAUAUGCUUGGAAACACCUGUGGCUCCAGCUAAACUGAUCCAUGCUCUCUUUUAAUAAUGCCUCCAGGUGCAUGCAUGGCUGUUCGGGAUAACAUCAGUUAUGAGAACAAAAUUUGGGAGCCGCUGAUUGGGAUUAUCUAAAGAAUGACUGCCUUGGUGUACCAGAAAUGAGGAACAUGAGCGAACAGCUAAACUGAUUAGGCCUGAUUUGGAAGAAUGAUGCUCCUGGAGACUAUUGUAUGGAUCUGAAUGGGUCCCUCUCUCUCUCUCUCUCACACACACACACACACACACUUUAUACAGACAGCCUGUAAUCAUAGCCUUAGGAGACUUGAAACAAAGUGAAUCAUGCCAUCCUGAUUUGAUAAGAAAUGAGCAGCAUGGGGAGGCUCACGCUGAGCAGCUAGAAUGGGAGCAUAUGGAGGCACAGGGCCAGCUCCUAUCUGCCAGCUGAGCCUGUUCAUGAGACGCUCCUCAUGCUGUACCACCUGAUCCUCCUGCCCAUCAUCCAAUUAGGGCCGGGGAAAUGUAAUAGCUGUCUUUAUACUUCCUGCAGGCUAAAAAUGUGUGCUUGAAUGCAUUCAGACGCCUUAAAAUACCUCGUAAUAAUUCGGCUCACUUGUAUUGGGAUAACGAAAUGACGCUGCUGUACUUCCAGCGAGACUCCUCCAAAAAUACAUCACACAAACUUCAUUUUCUACAUAGUCGCAGAGUUUCACAAGGAAGGCUUUGGUUUUUCAUAUGAAAUAUGCUUAUGGGAUCACUUGUUUCUUGUUUUGUUUUGUUGAAGUUAUUGCGCAGUUUUUCUCCCUCACCCCUGCAUGAAUUUCUUAUCAGAAAACCCCCUCUUCUUCACUGUGUCUCCUUCACUCUGCAGGGAAUCCCAUUGAAGUUAUUUUUCAAUUUCAAUCUCAAUUUUGCCCAAAGAAAAAACGCCUCUGUUCUCUUUUAUUUGAGCAAUCCAGUCUGAACCGUCCUGCGUUUCACCGUCGCCCUCUCCCCCUUGAUUUUGUGUCCUUACAUCACCUCUCCUCGACGGUGUCCUGAGGUGACACAUGUUGUACAGAAGUGGAAAGCCCACUGGAAACCUUGUUAAAUUGGCAGGGGAGCCAUCUUUAUGCAGCAUAGAAGCUCAAAAACAUGGCUAUCCAUCAGGAAUCAGGACUAAAACCUCUUAGCUGGAACAAGGCUGAAUAUCCAUAACAACAGGAUUUUCUCGGGGUAAUGAUGUAAAGUGAAGCAUAAAAUGAUAGAAGUGGCUGAUGAUGUUAUACAGCCACAUUUACAUCCUGUGGUUUUUCACUAAAGGACAUUUCUCAUAUCAAAACCCAUGUAUUGAAAAACAAAACACCCCAAAACUCACCGGAUUAAAUAAACCAGGAUGAGUCAUCUCCCAUGUGUCCGCUCAUUGUCUGUUUUUUCUCCCUGACUGAGUGUCUCUUGUUGUCAUCCCCCAGUAGUAGUGAUAGGACGAGAAAUUGGAGUGUGAGCGCGUCAAAGGGAGAAGAAAAUGGAAAAUGGUUUGCUGAGUUGAAUGAUAAAGCAAGAUCAGCAAAGUUUGGGAUCAAAGGGCAGAGCAGUGAUGCUGCAUGUUUGUACCACAGUAUGUCACAUCAGACCGCCCAGCAGAGAUAUUUCUGCAUCACAGCUGAGGCUUCUUUUUAUGAUGAUCGUGGUCAUAAAUAAGAUUUUGGUAACACUUUACUUGAAGCCUAUGUCUAUAACACAUUAUAUAUAUAUAUAUAUAUAUAUAUGUAUAAUGAGUUAUAAUCACAUUAUAGCACUGUAUAACUAUAGUUAUAAACACUCAUAAAUGUUCAUAAUGCUUUAUAGCAAUAAUCAUAACACAUUAUAAGCAUUUCAUCAUGACUUAAUAGAUCAGGUAAUGUGUUAUAACUGUUAAUAACUCACUGACAAGGCCCACAUAGAUAAUGCAAUAUACAUAUAUUUUUGAUGUUUUACUUUGCUUAUAAACUUGUAUAACUAUCAUUAUGAACACUUAAUUAUCAUAAGGCUUUAUAUCAAUAAGCAUAACACAUUAUAAUACCUAACCUUGUAAGUCAUGAUAAAAUGCUUUAUAAUGUGUCAUGAUUAUUGCUAUAAAGCAUUAUGAUCAUUUAUGAGGGUUUAUAACUAUAGUUAUACAGUGCUAUAACGUGAUUAUAACACAUUGUACAUACAUUUAUUAUGCUUUAUAGAGAUCGGCAUCAAGUCAAGUGUUACCAAGAUUUUUUUCAUGUUGACAGUGGUGACCAUUUUCUGUUAAUCCCUUCAGACGGGAGCAAAGCCAUUCCUUUGUCUUAGCAAUUCACAUACAUACAAAAUCAGUGGACUUAUUGAAACACUUGAAAUUAAGUUUUGCAUUUGCACGGGAUGCAAAAACACAAAGUCUCAAUCCAUGAUGCUGCUUCGGUUUUCGCAGUUGAAUCACACAAAGUCCAAUUAAGUGGAGGACCAAGGUUCAUCCCCAACCUUUUGCUCUGGCCCUUCUCAUUUUCUCUCUUGUGUCCGACUCUGUUUACUAUCCUGUCUCUAAAUAAACACUUAAAAAACAGCAAAUUACUCAGAAAAAUAAAGCAAGCCAAAAUCAUUGUUUUGUUGACCUCCGGUGGGGAUGUAGAACAAAUUAAGAUUUUUCACCAUGUUGUUUUUCUUUCAUCCUUUUUACUUGUUUAUUUCAAGGAAACCUAUUAUACUCAUUUCAUUUUGUCAUCUCAAGACUCCUAUUGAGUAGCUUUGCAGAGCAGAGGAUGAUUUGCAGUUCAUUUUUUUUAAACCCUUGUCGCAGCACUAUCCAGUCUCUGCCAGAAACACUUUGUUUUGGCUGUUUUCCUCAGUAACAUAAAGUUAAUCACAGCAUGAGAGUGGACUUUUUACACAGUUCUGUUGUCACAAAACAAGCAGAAAGUUAUACCUUUGCAGAAAAUGCCUAUUAGCCUUAAUGGACCUAUAUUAGCUCCCAGUUUAGCCCCAUUAGCAUACAUUAGCGAUUGCUACAGAUCUACUCUUAUAAAAUUACUUAUAACUUGUGGUUCUCAGACGAAAAUGAAAACUUGCUACUGUUUUCUGAUGUCUUUGUCAGGCAGCUUUCCUUUAAAACAAACAGGAAACUUAGAUUGUGUUAACACCAAAAGGUCAGUUUUCUGAUACGAGCCAAAGCGAGGAUGAUGCACUGAUGAUACAGCGUUGCAAUUUCUCAACUGGUCCAGUUUGCGUUCACAAAGGCCAAACUCAAACGGUCCAAAAAUUGUCACGUGGCAGCAAAAGCUGUUCAGUGAUUGCUUAUGCAGUUUAGGCGGGUAGACGACAAACCCCUUGCAAUUUUUACUGUUCAUCAUAGAGCAUUGUCUGCUCAUUUCUAUGUUGGACUUAUGAGUGGUUGGAAAGACUGCGGCAAUUAAAUAAUGUAUUAAUACAUGCAUGUUGCAGGAGAUGCUCUGCAAUUAUACGGUCAUAUCACAGAAGAAAACAGGCAAUAAUUCUUAAGUCCAUGUUUGUCCCCUGCCAGACAUUAGCUGCACGUUGCUAACUUUGCCUUUGACCAAAACAGGGUACGACGUCUAAAACAGCGUGCUUCCUGCGAUUGGUGCAGAUGGGGUUCACACCAGAAGUGAACCACUCUAGAGUUCACUCGAUAACGGUUUUGAGAGCGGUUGACUGGUCCGUACCAGAGCUCAAGGCCAGUGUUCACACAAACCAAAACGAACCGCACCAAGGAGGUAAAUGCUCCAGGGUACAAGGCUGGUGUGCACAGGACCUUACAAGUAGCUUUUGGCGACAUACUGAAUUAACAAAGUGUAGAAAGGGCCGAGCUGUGAAAGCGUCUUUCUUGGUGAGCCUGUCAUUUAGCAUUGUUGUAAUAGGAUGGCGUAACUGUUGGGUUAAGGCCAUGUCUUGAAAUGAGCUGUUCAAUGAGUGUGCAAACACAACAGAAGAUUAUAUCACCGUCUGUGUAUCUCACGUUGUGAAACUUUGCUGCUAUUUUUAGUAUGGACAUCUAGCAUUGUAACAUAUCAUGUAUGUGUUAAAGUAUGGAUCAGAAGAAAAGGUUUUCUUCAACCCAGUCACAAGAAAAUUAGCCUAUUUGGGCACUCUCUGCUUCGGUACAACAGAUUGAAGCCUCUUUUUUACUCUUCCUGAGUGUCCCUGCACACAGGUAGAAAAACCCCAGACAUGAUGGUGCUUAGUGGAUGAUCUUUGUGGAAGGUAUUUGUUUUUGCAUCAGUGUGAACACAACUUCAAAUCCAUCCACCCACUGAGUCUAACUCAACCCCCCGCUGGCUGCUUUGCAAAUCAAAGAAAUAUGGAGAGCUAUUACACACAGCAGUCACAGCCUAUCUCAUGCUUUACAAAAGGAUUAAACCAAUUCAGCUGCUUUCUUUACAGCAGUGGUCAGCUACCCUUAAAAGCUUUCAUUAUACUUGUUUUAAGAAAGCAUGUUUUAUAUGUAUAUGGUUGGAUACAUGAGUGACAUACUUAUAACGAACAAUACGUGUGGCUGCAAUUUUCAGAUGAAAGGCUGGAUGGAAAUUUGGAUUUUCACCAUUAAGACAUCGGUUUUAUGAAGCAUCACAAAGAAAAUGUUUUUUUGCACAAAAAUUAUGCAGCUCUUUGUCUCGUCAUUCAAUGUAGCACAAAAGCUUUUACUAUAUUGCACUGAGACCUAAUCAAUGACAUGUUCUUUUAAGUAAAUUAAACUACAGCAACAUAGAAGCUAAUGGCAAUAUCACAAAAUUAAAUGUAAAGCAGGAAAAAGAGCAGAAAAAGAGCAGAAAAUAAAUGACCUUCUUCUCAUUUACACAAAAUUGGAUUUGCUGUUUUAUUUGUGUAUAAAAGGCCCAAAGUGUCACUAACAACUCUGAAGUGUGAGAUAGACAGAUGGACUGAGAAUGGGAGCAACGAUGAGCAGAAAAGAGGACAAAGACGAGGCCUGAGAAACUGAAAAAUACAAUGUUUUAUUCUCUCUGUCCUCUCCAAGGCAGGCGGGAAUGUGUUUUAUUUCAAUCAGCCUUCUUAUCUCACCAUGCAAUCACACUGGUGAGGUGAAAUUAGGCAAAGUGAGAUGAAGGGGGUGGGAAAUGUGACUAUUCCUGUCUCCAGGGUUAGAGAAAUAGAAUAGAAGCCUCUCUCAUUUUCACUGGAGUAUUCAUCUUUUAUAUAAAACAAUAAUGCUUUUUGCCCACAGCCUAAACACAGUAACACAUGAAUAUGAAUGUUUUACAAGGGAGCAUUGCAGGUGAAUUAAUACUGCUUGCAUUAGAUAAUACUACCUGUGAGAAAUCGGUCCGUGUUCACUAAUUGCACUUAUGAAACACUUUGUUUUUUAUUUUUUUAUUAAGUCAUUCAAUGAUUGCUCAUGAUGGCUUUAAACUCGCGGUAUAUCGGGUCAUUUUAGGCUAUCAACACGCUGGUAAAAUAACAUUAGAACUAAUGAGAUUGUUUUGAUUAUGUUCGCCAAACCAUUACAUCAAGACACUCAAAAUGACCAACCCCCUCCUUUUCUUUUCUAUUCCUAUUCUUUUUUAAAUCUCUCCGUAUAUGCUCGGACCAUUUGCUCUCGCAGUGUCCCCAUAUUCCCACAGGGACCAUUAAAGUUUCAUUUUACCUUAUCUCAUGUGGAAGAUAAACAGACUCAUUAAGCAGGUUGGGAUCACAGUGGAGCAGCGAUACAGUGUAGGUGACACGCCACAGGAGCACAUCACGCUCAGCAUGGGGAAAUCAGCUCUCUCUCUGGGGAGAGGCUGCUGGCUGUUGCAAAGCUGUGGCUACAGGUGUAACAGUGGAGCAGUGAUACUAAUAAGGCUCCACAGCUGCAUAACACAUGUUUCCGUACACACAAUGACACAGCGCCUAAAUGAACAACUGCAUAGCAAAUCUUUCGUAAAGAUUAAGUAAAAUAAAGUGCAAAAAGUACAAAAAAGAAAAGCACUCCUCAUCAGUUAAUUGGCUUUCACACCAGCACUGUGACAGAAACUUCUUUAGAGAAGAGACGACCUCGUAAACGAUUGCAAUGCUUUUAUUUUGAAGUAUACUAUCUCAGGUAGACUGUAUCUGACAGAGCUGAAUGAAACAGUAAGACUCUACUUGAUGCCCAUCUCUAUAACGCAUUAUAAAUAUAUGUAUAAUGCAUUACAGUGACUUUAUAUCACUGUAUAACGUUAGUUUUAAACACUCAUAAAUGAUUAUAAUGCUAAAGCAAUAAUUAUAACACAUUAUAAAGCAUUUUAUCAUGACUUACUAGGUCAGGUACUAUAAUGUGUAAUAACUGUUAACAACUCACUGACAAUGCCCACAUAGAUAAUGCAUUAUACAUAUAGUUAUGAUGUGUUAUAAUUUGCUUAUAAACUUAUAUUACUAUCAUUAUAACACUCAUUAAUUAUCAUAAGGCUUUACAACAAUAAGAAUAACACAUGGUAAUACCUGACCUUGUAAGUCAUGAUAAAAUGCUUUAUAGUGUAUUAUUAUUAUUACUAUAAAGCAUUAUGAUCAUUUAUGAGUGUUUAUAACUAUAGUCAAACAAUGUUAUAAAGUGUUAUCCGAUUGGUCAGUUACAAUCUCCAGUAUUGUUGUUAGAUUCACAAUAAAUCUUAAUGCUAGUUUAAAAAGUGCCAUGUCAUACCCCAGUACGCUACAGGUCACUUACUAGCAGUCUGCUACUUCCUCUUCACGUCUUCUCUAUGUUGAUGUGUACGACGUGUGGUAACCAGCAGAAAGGACAACUACAAUGAACUCAUGGUAUCACAGUAUGCUUAUUUUCAGUGCAGUAUCAGUCUAUUAUAUAUUACCGUCAUAUAUUGCUACAAUCCUAAUGACUAGUUAAAUAUCAUAAGUCAUGAUGAUAUGCUUUAUAAUGUGUUAUGAUUAUUGCUAUAAAGCAUUAUGAUCAUUUAUGAGUGUUUAUAUCUAUAGUUAUACAGUGCUAUAAUGUCUCUAUGACGCAUAUUACAUAUGUUUAUAAUGCGUGAUAGAGAUAGGCAUAGAGUAAAGUGUUACCAUUAUUUUUUAAAUUCCACAUCAGUUUCACAUAGUUCAGAUCAGCAUUUAAAGUAGGCGGUAAAAAUCUGGACAGUUUUUUGAAAUGGGCAUAAAUCCAUGGUAAAAUCAGGCUAAUUGGGAGGCAGCCAUCAGCAAACUAGGAAUAAAAGAGGGGGGAAAGGAAGAGAGAUGAUUUGAUAAUUGUCCAUCUCUACAGUCUUUAACACCGUUUAGUAUUUUUAGUGAUCUAAUGCUGAUUAAUAAUCAUAUUUAGCACCACUGGGGCUGUCGGACAGAUACAUAUAAGGCCUGAGUCUGUCCUGAAUGCUCUGAGCUUCUCUUUUGUUAAAGAGCCUCUCUGCUGCUGUUGAGAGCUGUACACCCACAACACUUUGUUCUGUCAGAACUGUUAAGGAUCAAUAGUAACAAGCUGUUCAGCAGCAGCAGAACUGUAAAUGUGAUAGUAUCAGUCCGGUGCUCAGGGUUAUCCACCAUCCAACAACAACAACUGCCCAGCUUUCUUAUAAAAACUGGACUUCUCUAGGAAAGGCGAUAAAAUGAUUCACCCUUAUCUUAAAUCAAUUCUGCCGAAUCAAAAGUCUUAAAAAAGCUCUAAACCCUGUGGGCCAGGCUGAACUUUUCAAAGAUCAUUUGUCUCAGUGCUUCAGGAAACAUCCCUGAGGUGAGCUGUGGGUGACAGCUGCUGCCUCUCCACUUGCUCAGGUAAAUGCCAGAAGCCCCACUUGGAUACACCAGCUCGCUAAAACAUAAACACACACACACACACCACACAUACGGCCAUAUACACACACACACAAAGGCAUGUCUUUAAGGGCCUAUAAAAGGAGCACAAGCACGCUAGGCAUUAGUCAAGCGGCCACUGGUGAAUAGGGACAAAUGACACUGAAUGAAUGCAUUUAUACACACACACACACACACACACACACACACACACACACACACACACACACACACACACACACACACACACACACACACACACACACACAGAAACCCCUUUAUUGGCUGUUUCUUCAACAACAAUAGAAGUGGUGAUUGUGUUUUUUUUUUCCUGGUAAAUAGAUAAUGCUGCAUGACAAUUGCAAAACAGUUGCACAUGACAGGAUUUUCUGCUCCAUAAAACAUACAAACUAAUCCACUGUUAUAGCGUUCCUUCAUUUGGGUGACCUCUUCGACUGUAAACACAUCUUUAAUAAUUUAAACCUGUUUUUUAUGCUGACACACGGAAAGCACAAUCAGGGCCACCUUCGGAAAAAUAAUGUGCACACAUGCAUGCGCACACACUCUCACAAAAACAGCUCUUGAUCUAUUUCGAGAGGUUGAAACACAGUAGAGCGACCCCUGUUGAGUCAGUGCUGAUUAGAGGCACAGCAUCGAUUUUGCUCAUUGAUCCCUUUCUCAUCUUGUCUCAUUGGUAUUCAAUAGGCUGAUGAUCUGCACUGUAAUCAUACACAAACACUGAAUCCCAUCUGAAUAACCUCUUCACUUCAAGGCUCUUUGCAACAUCUCUCUUCAUGCAGAGAUCCGCGUUUCAGAUUACCUGGUGUUCUGAUUAGCUGCAGUUCUGAUAAAGACCACCAGGGGUCUGUAGAGUUAAAGGAAUGUAUUACAUUAUGAAACAGCCCCCAGGUGAGAAAGGCAAGAGUUUUUAUGAUUUCCACGUCCUGCUUUCCUGGUCCUGCUCUUCUAUUCGUGACAAGGAUCACCUCUGUGGCUGCGGCCUUGUCACCGGCCCACUGCUGUGCUGUCCAAUUGUCACAAGCGCACACACACUCGACACACGACACACACACACGCUCACAGUAAUAACAGCACCAGCAGGCUCUCAUACAGGAGCUUUAGUCACGCAGAGAGCAGCCAGAUAAAGCAGAGUUGCUGUUAUCAUCUCAGAGCUCAACAGAGCUUACAUUAAAUUGCAAAUACACUGAUUGAUGCACAAAACAUUUCAAUUUUAACAAACAACCUGGUUUAACUGCUGCCAAGGCCAAUGGCCUAUUUUUAGUUUCAUUGCCAUACUUCCCAGAAGCAGUUCAGGUUAGUUAUGAGUGGUAGUUGACACACAGAAGGCCUUAAAAACCAGCUGAGGCCUCAUGAAUGUCCUUUAAGCAUUAAGACAUGAGUGACAGUCAAAUGAGUAUGUAUGCUUGUAAGCAGACCAAUUUAGCAGGGUUAUAAAUAGCUGUUUUUUUUUUCGCUCUGUGGAUGACGACAUACCUCACACAUCUAUGUAAAUGUGUGUCUUUUCCAUGUUAUAUAAAACCCCACCGUUAGCUUGCAAAUGCAUCUUGAAGUGUUGCUGUUUCUGUCAGUACUCCAUGAUUAUACAGUAUUUUAAUGGAAAAAGAAAGAUUCAUGUAACUUAAAUUAAAAGCAUGUUUCUUGGUGAGCUAGGUUAUAGUUCACAUGUGGAGACUGAUAGACUUUACUGAGAUUACCUUCAUGUUUCUUACAAACUAUAGUUCAUUAGAAACCCUCAGCAGCAGCAGGAAUGCUCUGAAUAUUAAUGACCCUUUUGGUUUCUGAGGAGGUGUCACGACGCCGGUUGAUGGCAGCCACCUCAGUGGAAAUGCUGACUCACCCCUAACUUUCAGUCAACCUUGAUACAGGCAUUAAGCAUUCUGGAAAAGUCACCCAAGCUACACCACCUAUAUUGCAAAUUUACUAACAAAUUUUAGCCUUUUAUUUUUUUUUAAUUUUUCAAUGGUGAUGCUCAUGAUGUUGCAAACCCCUUUCUCUAAUCACUUGUUAAUCUGCAUCUCACAGUAAAGAUGAAGCGGCAGCCAUCGAGACAGAGCUACUGAAGGACUACAGGUUCGGUCAGCAGCAGCUGAUAGAAAUUUGGGGACAAGCGUGCGCUCUCGCCAUCACUAAGGUGAGCCUAUUCCUGAUUCUCAAUUGUAUUUAUACCGAAUUUUCAUAUUUUGUCUUCUCUGUCUUUUCUGUUUGCUUUAAUGUACAAAUAUGAAUCACAACACAACACAGGACCUGAUAUGUUUCUGGCUUUUGAUUCUGGCUCUAAUCCUCAUUUAUCCAUACCUUCAUCCAUAGAGAGAAGUGGAAAAAGCAUAUCCCAGAAUGUUUUUAUUGCCGUUUUCUAUUUUCUGUUAUGUAAUCAGCCUGUGCUUGAACAUCCUGUUAUGCUUUCAAAGCCCUGUUCUUUGGACCAUUAAACCAGUAGCUACAAAAAAUGAGCAGUAUUUGCAAUUCAUUGGGUAUGUGUUUGUGUUUAGUCUGCACAGCUGGGCUGUAAAACUAAAACCUUUUUUUUUUUUUUCUCGUUCAGAGACGGUGACAGAUUUCACAUAAAGGGAAGACUUAAUGUGUGCAGUUUCUAAGCAACACUUAAGGAACAAAUAAGGAACAGACUUAUGAACAGUAUAUUACAGGUGAUAAGUUAUUGGAAAGCAAACUGGAAGAUACUUGAAUGAAUCUUAAGAACAGAGGUGUCUGCCGCUCAAGCAAAAGCUUUGCAACAUAAAACACCAUAAUUCAAGUUGUUUUAAAGCCAGAUCAGUUUCUAAAACACUGGCACAGAAAAGUUAACACUAAAAUUUCACAGUUCUCUUUUCUUUUUUUUUCUUUUUUGGUCUUCAAAAGAUUUCAUAGCUGUGAUGAUAAAAUAUAAUUUUAAUCCUUUUCUUCAAGCGAGCAUGCGCUUUUUAUCAAACGGUUUGGGAAAAUAGUCAAAUCAAAGGAAUAAGUGAAUAAUUUUUUUUUCUCCAAUUUGCGUUCAUUUCUGCAUGAAGACAUCCAAACCAGAACCACUGUGAACAAUUUAAUCCAAAUAAAAAUAAACUGUGGCAUCAACCAGCCCACUCCUGUGCAGGCCUCUCUAACAGCCUGUGCUGGGCUUCACUCUGAGCUCUGUUUUUAAAGGUCACAAAUUCAUCCCUUAGAGUGGAAAAAAAAACUCUCUGUUCAGCCACUUGUAACCUCAGUAAUCACUGUGAACCUCCUGCUGUGACUCUAAGACCGAGUAAGAGGGUGAAAAGUCACAGCUGCUGCUACUUUUGCUUUCCUUAUUUGCAUGAACUUCCAUUCAAAUGUCUGAUUAUUAUUUUGAGGAACUUUCUUUGACAUUAACCUCCAAACAUUUGGAGCUGCUCACCUAAGGCCCGAACACCUGAGCUCACUCUGUGGCAGUGAUCCUCAUCCACAGGCUAGAAACCACAACGCCUCUUCUCCAUGAUCUGGACUGUGUUGAGCUGUGUGUACGUGCAUAUGUGUGUGUGUCCUGCUGGGAACACAUGUGAUUCCCUUUGACUAGACCAUCGGCUUGGGUGAAUGCCGACACUGGUUUCCUCAACGGGCUCUUCAGCAGGCUGUGAUGAAUAAGAGUCUGGGCUAAAAGACACAUAAAACCGUGUGUUGAAGGAAAGAUGAAGAGACAAAAACAACGAUGAGGAAAGGCAGAAGCAAAAACACAGAGCAAUGUUUUAUAGGGAAAAAGUGAUAACAACAAAGACACUUUUAAUAUCUCUUCUGUGAAUAACCAAAAAAGAGACAAGAACAUAACAGACGAAAUGGAAAAACGCAAUGUGCAGAUUGAAUAUACAUGCAAAAAAAAAGAGUACUUUGACUCUGAUGUAACCAAUAAAACAACUUGCUGGCACACAAUAUCAACAAUCCUACCUUAAACACAACUGUGAUAUAAAAAGUAUUGAAAAAAGUCAGUCUAUUCACCUGAACAAUAUCACAGCCCCGACAGCUGCACUCACUCAAACACACACAGCACUGUUCUGCCCUGCCUGCUCCGCCUCUAUAAGACUUCUCUCCUCUUAGAAGGGGGGAGUAGGAAGUCGUUGGUAGAGCAACUUCCCCCUAAAAUUCCACCUGCUAGAUGAGAUGUUACAGGGGUGUAUUCAUAGGGUGACCAUAUUCUGAAUCCCCAAAAAAGGACAAAGAGUCACACAAAGUUAACUUUAAGAGUUUUUUGGGGUCGGAUCAAGUGUCUUUUAUGCUCUUCUAAUUCAGUAAGCCCAUGUAACACAAAUAAGAAACUUCCAUACAAAACCCCAGACAUUUAAAGGAUUUCAUAAACUUCCCCAGACAAAGCCAGACAAGACUGGACAGCCCCCCAAAACGAGGACAUAUCAGAAUCAAACAGGACAUAUGAUCACCCUAGUAUUCAUCCCUCCUUAUAGUUGCAAGACAUAAGAGCUCUCCAGUGAAGACACAGCAGUUGUACAUCUGAGACAUUAAGACUGAUUAUAAGACAGAUAAUCAGAUUUAAUGACUUUUGUCUUCAGGUUCAGCAAAGUCCUACACACAACAAUGGAUUUGUCUCUGAAUUUUGUUUUGUUUUUGUUUUUUUCUGUGCUAAAAUUAGAAUAUGAGGCAAAAGUUGGGAGAGUAGCAGCAGACCAACUGUCAGGGGAUGUAAAAUUAUACAACAAAACAAGAUAAAAAAAACACAUAAAUAUAAAAUACAACAAUAUAACACAAGUGUGUGCAAUAACAGUGGUGAAAACUGCACAAUAAAACAAAUAUGCAGCACAGAUGUUAAUGUUUGACUGCUUGAGUUUGUCUGCAUUUCAACACCUAGAAGAAGUGACAGCUACACUUUACAGACAGGGCUUUUUUUUACCAUUUGGAUAAUUUAAGAUAUUACAUUGUGUAUUUCCCAACAUCUGAGUUUGUUUCACAUAAGUGUUCCUUUUUAUUAAUUUUAUGUUCCCUUUCCUUCAUGAAAUUAUUCACCUAUUUAACCUCCGUUAAGGUUUUAUUCCGGAGCACUUUCAUUGUUUAUGGUUUCAGUGGCCUUAAACCACUCUGUCAUCUGUUUUUAUGAUAGCUUGUUUUUCUUUUAACUGCCUCCGCAAUUUCAUCAUAAAUCAGGGCGUCUUAAUGGCCAAUAAAUCCGGCAGGACAUGAGUCUUCAGAUUUUGAACCCCUUUUUCUUGUACCUGCCGGAUAAGUUAAAAGCAAGGAUUCAAGAUGAACAGUAAAAGAAAAGGUUGUGCUCCUGUCAUCCGAGGCACUCAGAGACAUUUUCAUUGCAAUAUUCUCUCGGACUAUUGUGCAUAAACUGUUAAGUUUAAUAGUGUCACUUUGCAAAGGUCACUUUGACAUUCUUGAAGAUAAUAUGCAGCUCUCUCAUCUGCGGCUGUUCAUCUCAUGGUGUGACAUUAUACUAUCAUAAUGUCAGAGAGGGAUGUCCACCUGAACAAUCCUGACUUGUUAUGCAGUGUUGCUAAUGCUAUGCUCACUCCCAAAGGAAAUAUAAGCAGAUUCCCUCCAGCAGUGCCUCAUUGCUCUCUCUCCUCAUCCAUAACCUAAGACUGGAAGUUGAAAACUUUAUCUCAUAAAUUGAAUUGUAAUUGCUUGUCUGAGGAUGAAUGAAAGUAAAUGAAAACGUGCUUUUACAAGAGAAAUAUUGAGACAACCUUGCGGAUCUCUUGGGCCUCACAAAGCUUUUGCCGCAUCUCUCAUCAGCUCAUUGUUUGUGAUCUGAGGGACCACAAAUAUUCUGUUUUUAGCCAUUUUUUUUUUGUUCCUGUGCUCACCAAACCCAUUCCCAGCUGCCUUUGAAAAAGUUUUUAGUGUGGAAAAACACUAAAAACAAGCAGAACACAAUCUUCCCAGCACCAAAUGGCAGGCGGACAAACCUCACCAAUCAGUAAUUGAGCAUUUAGAGGCAUUUAGAGGCUAAAAAGUCAGACGGUUCCCUCAGGAAUUGUUUGAGAAGAAAAAGGGAGCUGAACAUGAGCAAAUAUUGGAGUUGCAUUUGCAAGGUGUCAAACUUUAAAUAAAAGGUGAUGUAGCAGUAUGUCUGUGAAUGUGUGAAUAAGUUACUGUUGGCUGAUGCAUGCGUAUCAGCUUUAUGAGGUGAUAAUAAUUCAUUGUUGUGUUUACAGCUUUUGCAUCCCCGAGGUAACAAAAACAACACAAAUAAUGCAUUUUUAACAAGUGUUUGCUUGAGGGUGAAAUUGUAAUCGUUGCACUGCUCAGGCUUGCAGCUGAUAUCACUCUUUAAUUGCUCUGAUUUUAUUGGAGUUCUUGUUAAUAACCACAAAUGUUCGAGUGAUGCAACUCUGUAUUGUUUAACGUAUUAAAGCCGUUACAUUCUUGGAGAGUGAGAAGGAGGCCGACAAAACGGCAGAGAAAGUGAAAUGGAAAACCAGGAACAUGAGGGAAAAAAGAGAAGCAGUAAAAAGCUUCAACGGUCCGAGCGGCAGCAUCAGACGGGACGGGGGACUUUGUUUUCUCCCCUCAGAGUGUGUGAUUAAACCCACCACAUCCACUUCCCCUCUAUUAUCAUCAGGCACCGCUGGCCUCAUGCCCGGCCCUCCACCAGCAGCCCCAAACAGCAUAGCCUUACUAGACAAACACGGCCAGGACACUGCGGAUGGCUGCUGCCCACAGCCGCCAGCAGCACCCCACUGCUAACAUGACAUCACUGCUAUUUAAAGAAAAUUACAGUAGAAGGCGAUGCAGACAGUCUUUAUUUCGCUGAUUUCACUGCUGGCCUACUGCUACUGGCUUCCAAGUGUACCACACAAACAAGCAUGCGCUCGGACUCACACAGACACCCACACACUCACACACACCUCUGUUUGCCAGAUAGAUUAUAGGUUUUCUGUAAGUAAUCCUUCCAACAGCAGCAGCCACAGCCUCCAGGUCCAGACUAUUUGUGUGUUUCUGUAUCAGUCUGAGGCUUUUCAACACCUGAGCGGAGACAGGAGACGUUUUUGUUACCCCACAGCAAUAAAUUAGUCUGUAGUUUACACGAGCCCCUGGACUUCACUUUGGACUCCUAGUACAAAUAUAAAAGGCACAGUUUUUCUGCAUGUGUGGGGGUGUUUGUGUUUUUAGGAGCCUGAUAAUGUUUUUUCAGGCUGCGUGUGUGUUUCAGGUUGAUUGGAGGUGAAAGAACAUGUGCCUUUAACAUUUGUUUCAAAGAGGUUAUUCCCUUGGAGACCUUAUUAUAAUCAAGACAGGCAUAUUUUCAAGGUGUGUGUGUGAGAAAGAUAGUGUGUGUGUGUGAGAGAGACUGUAAAGGGGAUCCUUGCAGUGAUCUGUACGAGACCCCACACUGUUCCUGCCUUUUUAAAUCUGGCCUCUUCCUGAAGCGGCCCCCCUCCUGAAAGUUAUUGUUGUUUUGCAAAAGAAAAGUUUAAAAAUACUUCGACCAUGCUCUCAUCAAUAUAACUCAUUUUUAUUUUGAACUAAAGAUAUGUGGAAACCUCUCUUUAUGACUUCGAUAUCAUGUCCACAGCAAAGUCAUAAAAUGUCAGAAGUUGUACAGAAGAACAGAGAAUAAGAAGCAUCUAACAUCGUAAACCUGUUGAGCAGAUGCAAUGGACCAUCUGUCCGCACUUGUAAACCGUCUUCACAUCAAAAAUAUCAUAAAUAUCUCAGACGCUGGAAAACAUUUCAACAAGUUUACAAGCCCAAAACUGAGACCGUACAAUAAUAUAUUAAAAAAUAUUGUCAUGACCUGAUUUUUUUAUUUUUGUUUUAUUUUUUCGCCAAGGUAGUGUCAACAUUAGGCGUGCUGUAUUAUGCUGUCUUUGGAAUACACAGCACUAUUGGCUUCAAUCAAAAUAUUUAAUCUCAUGUAAAAGAGGUAAAGCUAUCAUCACUUUUUUAAACAGUAUAUCACCUGAGCUCUCUGUUGGCCAUUCUGCAAAUCCAUUAGUGUGCAUUACACAUAGAUACCCAGAAAAUCAGAACGUACUGCCAAGAAGCCUCUAAUGAACAAAUAACACUCAAGCAACAUUAAAAUUCAGUCAUAGAGAGCUACCAAGCUGGAUGAAAAAAUAUAAAAUAAAAACAAUUCUUCAGUGUGAGCAAGAAGAGUAAAUGAGACCAUCAGCAUCAACAGUUUCUAUAAUAUAGUUUUCAGUGCCUGUAACCACAGCAAAGGAGGUAGGCGUUUUUAAAAACACACUUUUAUUCCUUGGCUUUUAGUACAUUUUAGUGUUAUUUUGUUUGUUAUCACCUUAGCACUUGUUGUGAGCCUGCUUAUUUAUAGAUCUAUUUAUUUAUUGCGUUUAUGUAUUUUUGCUCUCUCUAUUGUGUUCUUUGCUUAUUUUAUUUGUUUUUAUGUCUUAAUGUACAGCACUUUGGCUACCCCCAUGGUUCUUUAUUGAUUGAUUGUUUGACCAGACGACUUACAGCACACUGAAGAAAAAGCCCAUAUACUUUUUUUCAAAGUAGAUAUUUACAAGAAAUGAAAUGUUUGACUGUUGACUUGAGGCAUGCAGGACUUGCCCCUUUUUUCUGGUCAGAAAACACAAUUUAAUUGUAAACUGCAAGAGAUAAGAGGUGCAAAUUUAUCGACAGAGGGCGUCAAACAGAAAAGCCCAUUCAGGAGCAAGAAGCAAUAAAAAAACAACAACAUUAUUAACACCAACACUUUAGAAACAAAUCUAUAAAACAGUAUGUUAACAUGUUCAGAAAAAUAGAUUUAUUGCCUUAAUCUGACUGAAACUGGACUUUGAAAAAUAUCUCUUGACCUUUUAGUCUGAUAGGAACAAGCAGAGGUGGAAGUGCUUUUGUCAAUAAUAUGAUUUUUGUGCAUGUAAACUGGGAAAGUUCAGUUCAAUUACCAACUGCUGUGGCUGUGCAUGUAAACGUACUCAUGUUCUUAAUACAGGGAUCGGUGUGGGCAGAUACUUACAUUUGUAUUGGGACUCCAUAACUCUCUCCAAAACAGUUGAAAAAAAAAAAAUAAUAAAAAAAUCAAGACAAAAUGUAAGCCUGCAGCACGUGUAUUGUGACGUCUUGCUUGUGGCAGUAUAUUUAAAAAUAUAGAUUUUUAUUUCCAUCACAUCUCUGUUUUUAGAUUUGUUUUGGAUCAUGGUGACUUUCCUAAACCUUCAGCCCAUUUUUCUCCCUGUAGAGAUGGUUUGUACCUUUGCCCUUGAAGGCCACCGUACCUCCUUCUAAUUCCUUGCCACUGGCAGUCACCUAUUUAGUCUGACAUCUCAGGGUCAUAUCAGACGAAAUAACCUGACCACAUAGUUAUGUUUUGAAGUGAAGUCAGUUGAAACAAGUUCUUAAAGCAACAGCUGGUGCUGCGUGACUGGCUCCCUUCAUAGCAACUUACCGUCAACAGUGAGUGUCUGUAAUGGUUUCUCCAGCAGCACGAAACGGCUCCAGCGCUGAUAUUACUGAUCCUCCUGAUGGUAGUUAGCAUAUUUAAAAAGGCCAUUAAAAGUUAUGAUGCUGAUUUUUGUAUGUUGAAAACAUCAGGGGAAGCAUGAGACAGAUAGAAAGAGGGAGUACGAAUGCAAGAGAAGCGAGCAAACUCUGUUAAAUCAAGUUCUAUUCACUGCAGCUACUCUAUGUGUUUAUUGUAAAGCACUUUUUCAAUUUCGACCACUUGAGGACAGUGAAGCAAGCAGUAAACAUAACACUGACACUUUAUUUAUCACCUUAUUAAGUUUUACAGCUUCCAGGUUGGUAAAUGAGUCUAUUUUCACAUCCAGCAGAUAUUAGCAUUCCAUCAGAGCAGCGUCUGUGUUCUCCAAACAAAUUUAGGUUAUAUAACAACUCCCUACAUUAGCAGCAUUAAAAAAUAUCAACAAUCGAAAACUGAAAAUGUUUGCCGACUAUCUGACACUAACUUCAUUCAUUUAUAUAACCCAUUAGACACAUGUUUAAUCAGACUGGCGAUCACUCCUGGGAUCAUGUGAUUGACUUUAAAAGUUAUAAGUUUAGCCCCCUGAGUCCAACCCUCUGUUUCUUUAAUCUGUUAAUGUUUUAGUCUAUUCUGAUAGCACCUAUAGGUGAGCUCCUUGUGGGUGUUGGAGAUAGUUUGUCUUUCACAUCUGAUUAUAGUAAUUACAGUUUGUGUUUCCCUCCAGGGGGCGAGUCAGCAAUGAAGCUCCACAUCAGUCCACACAUGCACGCACACACAUUCGUAUUCACGUAUCAACAGAGGGUCCCAUUGUAAUUUAAGUCAGCGUGGUGUGUCAUUAACAUCAGGUUACGCAGCAGGAAACUUGCUAAGAGCUUCUGUCUCAUCAGAUGUGAAAAUAAAAGACACUGUCCUGAUUUUCUGUCCUGCACUCAAAGGCUCCGUCUCUCUUUUUCCCCUGCUCCUCUCUCCUCAUAAAACUCCCCUCCUCCAACUUAUUAAGUGUGUGUGAUGAUUUCUCAGCUGAGCAGUUAUGAUGGAGAUAACGGCUGCUGUCUCAUCUCUCGGAUUCAUCGCUCCACUUAAUGUACUUUGAGUCUUGUUAUAUCCAAUUAUUCACUGUGCAUGGGGGCCUAUUCUCUACAUGAACCUUCUCCUCUACAGAAUACAUUAGUGGAAGUAGGAGUAAAUUGAUUGAAUGUACACGAGCAGAAUAGGUCUCCAUUUCAAGCUCGUCCACGAAAUUUGGAGGUGUGAAGAGUUUUAGUUUGCAUUACGUAACACUUUGUCUUACAGCGUGUUGUAUUCUUUGAUCAUAUUUUGGGAUGUAAUAAAGCAUUUGGGGUUAGGGUAGGACACCUUUUGCCUUGUAAUACAGUGUUUGAACCUGUAAUUGAUAGUAUUACAACCUUUAGAAUAACAAGGUAUGAAAUAUAUUAAAGAUAUAUAGAAUUGAGGAAAUGGUGGAAAUUUCCCAUGACUUUUACUUUUCACGAGUAGUUCAUAAAACAUAGGGCAGGAAAUUAAAAUAAUGACAGUAUAUGUUAAAAAGUGUAGCCAGCCUGUAAAUAAAGGUGCAUUUAUUAUUACAUACAAAGUUGAACUCCUUUUAUUCCUUACUUUAGCCAAAACUACAUAACUGUACUGCCUGAAUGAACAUAAAUCUUUAGCAGGAACAUAUAGACUCAGUUAAGUUGCCAACAAACACAACAUUUUUACCCAGUUAUUUUAUGACUUAUUCUAUUAAUGUUCCCCACUACACAAAUUCAUUAAACUACAGGCCAAACAUAGACUCUGGAUAGAGGUCAUAAACAAGGCUUAAUGCUUUGUUACGCACUUUUCACUGAGCUUAAAGUUUGAGUAGUCUCUCUCAGUUCAACCUUACAUCAAACUGUAACUAUACUGUGACCUUUACCAUGAUAAACACUGUAUCUGCCAUGAUGUGAUAUUUUAGUGUCUGAAAAACACAUCUUUAAAGCUUUGGCUGAAUCCUUAAUGUGACAUCCAGGGUCUUUGCCUCGACAAAUCUGUGGAAAAUGAAGGCAAACACCUCUGGGGCUUUCAUUAAAAAUCAUGACCGAGUGUACACACUAACACACACUAACACACACACUGCGCUACUGUUUAGGUGUUGGAGAUGGAAGAUUAGCUGCUUAGGCUGACAGUUCCGCAGACUCAUACCUGUCCUGUUUAAGAAGGUGCAGGCUGAUUUACAAGGUAAAGUGCGGCCAGUAAAGAUGCCAGCAGCCCGGUGCUGCCGGAGACGACAUGGAAAGUGUGCUACACAUACAAAAGCAUCCCAAGGCGAGGACGCUGGCAUAUUUUCCAUGAUACAGCCCAGGUCUUUUCUCGUAGAUGGAAAAGACAAUGAAGCUGGUGCCAUUUCCACCCUCGUCUGGCAUGCUUGGCAUGUUGCAGUCUGACACUGAAUAUUGCAGAGAGGCAAACACACGGAUCAGAUGACCUGUUCUGAAUAAGAGGUCUGAAUCUAAGGGAUAAAAACAAACACUGCUGGAUAUUCAUCUUUCUAUUGUUUUCUGUCAGUGACUCAGUCUAUUUUCACCUCUGCACAUAUAUAUCAUAUGUUUUCCUGUCAUUCAGUCAUCACCUCCUGUUUCUAACCGCCAACCUUUCAUUCUGUCUCCCCCUCUAGGCCUACCCUCUCAGCACUCUAGCGAAGAAGCAGCCAACAGUGCUGGUGAUCUGUGGUCCGGAUCAAAACGGCUCAAUUGGUCUGGUGUGUGCCCGGCACCUGCGCAUGUUCGUAAGUGGAGUUCCAGAAAACAACUUUCUUUCCAGCAGAGUAAUUCCAUCAUGGGUUCAACAACACAACAAAUUAGCCAUCGUUAAUAAAGUCGUGUGAGUCAUUUUAAUGAUUUCACCAUAGAAAACUUUUCUGGUCUCUGGCGUACAGGCGAACGAAUCCCCUCGGCUCUCUCCACUUCACAAAAUUUCAUUUCAGCUCCUGUAAACGACUCCAAGCAGUUAUCCUAUUACCCUCCCUGCAAGGGCACUCAGACAGUCAUGAUAUCAUCGAAUUGUUACUCUCGUUAAAGCUGUCUGCUUCUUUGAUAUGAUGUCAUGACCGUGAUAUCUGCCCCUGCAGGCCACAAACUGACUGACAUCUCAAAACUAAUUGUUUUUGGAGGCAUGAUCCACCCUCUCCAUCACAUCGCAGAUCAUGAGUGGAGCUGACAGACUUUCUCUCCUGACAGCUCAGUGGAUUAAAGCGCUCUGUGCUGCUGCUCUGCCUCAGCCCACGACUUUAUUGGAGGGGUUAUAUCGGAUAUGUGUUUUUGGGAUCUUCGGUUCAGAGAGGAAUGCAUCUUUACUUUCUACCAUAUGUGUCCGACAUGCUUGAUUUACAGCGCAUUGAUAGUUCUGAUUAAAACCAUGUAAGAUCGACUCAUGCAGCAACCUGAUGGCUCUCAGUGGAGUCUUUCUCUCUUCCCUAGCCACCCACUCAAUGUCUCUUUUCUCUCAAGGCCAAGGAUAGUGUCAGAGGUCAGAGCAGAACAAAAUGUGUUUCACCCUUCGCAAAAAUAUGGAGAAAAUUCCAACGAUCAGACUCAAAAUCCAGAUUCCUUUUUGAUGUGUUCAGCUCAUUUUUGUCCUUUGAGUUUGCCAGCAUCACUGACACAUUCACCUCCGUCUUAAAACGUGUUAUUCAAAUUAAGUUUUAUCAUCAAUAUUUUCAAAGUGACUGCACCCAACACUUGGAACCUCACUCGUCUGGGUUUGCUCUAACUCCAGAAACUUGAGUACUGACUGACUUUGGAUUGUGAAUCGCUCUCUCUCAGUGUUAGAGUUUAUGUUUUUCACGGUGCGAUGUGAUCCCUGUCAGCAGGAAGACAUGCAAGCAUACACGUGAGACACAGGCAUAAACACACUUAGACACACAGACACACACACACACACACACAGCCUUGAGUUCCUGAUGCGGAGCUGUGAAUGUGAUUAGACAGCACAGACAGAAAAGAUCAGGCCAGCUUGCUCCUCACAUCACUCCAAUGUCCGUGUUCACAGACACACAUCGCAAGUUGUUUCGGAUCCUGUCAUGCAUCAUUGAUGUUUCAACUGUUAGGUCAUGGCGAAAUACACAGAGCCUCAUACCAGAAGACAGACAUAUUUCUUGAUCAAAUUUAAUGCUGGAUCAGAAUAAAAAAGCAAGUCUUAAGUGCAUUAGUUCCAGCGUGUUGUUGGACAUGAGGUUAUGUUUGGCCUACUACACUGGGCUUUAAAAGAAAUCACUGCACUGAGAGGUUCCCAUUGCUGAUCUAGGUCACAUAAUAGACUCAUAUAUAAUGCAUAAUAUUCUUUAGUAGAGGUUUGGUACUGUGGAUUAGAACCAGACUCAUGUAAUGGGGCAUUCACACCAAGCGCGAGUAAAACCAUCUACUUGCUGAAUUCACACGAAUCUGGACACGUGAAUGAAUAGUAUUUACUCGCCUCAGUUGCGCGUCAAUUGUUAUUUCAAUGGUAGUCCCUGCCAAUUCAACCGGCGGGAUUAAGUGAUAGAGAAAUGUUUUUUACAACUCACCAGGUAAUCCGAUCUCCACUAACUUGCCUCCCAGCAAGCUCCUUUUUAUUCCGGUUUCGGUAGUUGAAAAAAAAGAUAUCAUAAUUCAGGGCACCCAAACUCUGAUACGAUCAGCUUGUCUUCUAUUUUAGAUACCAGUGAUCAACCGCCCGUUUUCAUACGUUACACUGCAACCUUAGUGCCGAUCAGUUAUCGCAAUGCGAAUAUCCGCUCAAGUUGGGACAUUUUCAGCUCUCGCUAAUUCGCAUCAUUAGUGCUGCCAAGGUAGUAGGAGUGUCUAAUUGCGUCUUUGCAUUGACUAGACGCGAAUGAUUUUACUCGCACCUGGUGUGUGGAGACAGUAAGACAUUUACCUACUGAGACUGCAUUGGGGUUAAAAAGAGAGAGAUGGACAGAGGAGAGCGAUCCAGAGGAAGCCAUGACAUGAUGGAGCUCAGGGACUCCCAGAGAAGUGCAUUAGACUGACUCUAAUGGGACAUGAUGAUUCAAAGUUGAUGAAUCAGACAAAGAGAGGAUGGAGAAGGGGGGGAAAGGUGCUCAAUGUGCCAGGAUCUCUCGUAGUCUGAACCUUUAGUAGCAUAACUAAGAGCUGGCCCAGGCCUGAACCCGCCUGAACUGUAAGCUUUAUCAAAGAGGAAAUGAUUCAAGAGGGCCUGAUAACUGAGAGCUCUACCACCCAGACCACCUUUUAAGACUUUAGGUAUGAUUAGCAGGCCUGUAUGUUUGGACUUGCCUGACAAUGAAGAGCUUUGGCGAUUAGAAGAAAAAAAUUAAUGAUACUGGUUAAUUUUCAAUCCAAUGUGUUAUCACAUUGACAGUGUACCAUCUAGAAAUAACAGACUAUUGCUGUGGAAUACUGACCAAUCAGAAUCAAGUUGUUCUUGUGAUCAAGUAAAACAUCCGCUAAAGUAGACUUGUGUUCAAAACUUCCCACAUGUUGAAUUGUUUUUCCAGUUUUCUGUUUGCUACAAGCCUUGUCGCGUCAUUUCAGCGUGCUGUGUACAAGAACAAAAUACAACCACACACUUCUAUCCCACAGAGAGAGAGACAAAGUGAUAUCCGGUAAAGUGUGAGCUUGAGCUGGAAAUGUUCUGUGCUUUGUCCUUUUGCUUGUUUUUGUUUUCUGCGGCUCAUUUCUGUUCAUGCUCAGUGACACAGGGAGUCCUUUGAGCUCUUCCUCAGUUUCACACGGUGUGAUGGUGGAACUGCUAAUGAGGUUUGAGGGCAUGCAGGGGCCACUGCCUAACCCCCCUGAGGGACACUCACACGCAAACACAUAUAGACUCAGUACAGAUUGUAUUCUACUGAGUUCCUGCAUCUGUGCUCGAUGGAGGUCAUAGUAUUGAUGAUGUCUGAGAAUUCAUGUCUAUGACAGAAUUUAUUGGUUUAGGAUUCCCAGGAGACAGAAGUCUGUCUGAUCUGAUAAAUAACUUCCUGUGUAGGUGCUUGAUCAUAUUUAAAAGAGCUGUUUUCAUACCUUUGUCCGUUCACCCAUGUGAAAGAGAAGGUGAGACCAUUAGUGGCAACUCUCAUGUUCUAUUUUUUUAUAACAGGUAUAAAAGGUCAACAGUUCUGUUUAUCUCACAUGGGUAAUUUUAAUGGCAGUAAGGUUGGCUACCUUGCUUUUAGAGAUCAAACCUCUACACCAGGGGUCACUGAAAACAUCCAAAGUGGUCCAGUGAGGAGAAUUCCCAAGCAAAUGUCUGAAUGUCUACAUGAUUUAAUAUCACAUAUUUUAGAGCAGCUAAGUAUUAAAUCUGUUGGCAGCCAAUAACUGAUGAAUGAAUCAAAUAAAAAAAAAAUCCAGUUUGAGGAUGCUUUAGAUAUAAAAAUACAAAAAAGUGAAAUCCUAUUUUUGGCAUCCUAUCGGUUAUUAUUUCAUUCUACUUAUUAGAAAAAAACACUGAUUUACAAAGGAUGUUAUUGAAUUAUCUUUGGGUCUGUCAGUAACAAACAAGACAAUGAUCACAUCAUGAGUGGGCCUUAGACAUAACAUGGAGAUAGAUGAAAAGUCAGAGGAUCGUCACAGAUUUUACAAUUAGCAUCUGUUCUGAAUAACAGGGUCAACUUCAUGUAUCACUGAAAUCAUAUCUAAUCAUGUCUUAAACACGGCAUCAUCUGUUAUGUUCAUGUUUCUUUUUUUUAUGGUAUGUUUGCUUAUAAUUUCUCUUUUUGGUUGGGCUGAUUGAUGAUUAGUCUAUGUUCUAUUUAUGACAAUUUGUAUAUGUUUUGACCUUUCUCUACUCAUUGUAUAUCUAUAACCUGUCUAUGUCCUAAUAACUUUGUUGUUUGCACCCUGAGCCUUUACUACCCAGACGGGAGUGGAACUUAAUCUGUGUUAAAUAAAUACAAAUACAAACUUUACAAACUUUACACGAAUUAACAAAAGCCAAUGUUUAUGAGUCUCACAGUUGUAGGAGGACAAACGAGGACAUGAUUACAGUCCUAAGCAGACUUUAUCUAGGAUGAAUGUCGGCUUGAUGUAUCAGGGAAAUCCAUUCAAAAGUUGGUCAGACAUUUCAGUAACUACCAACGUGCCAGACUGACAGAACAGCAUUGCCAACCCUGCUCUGGCUGGCUUAAAAACUUUUUGUUUGUGCGUCAGAAUGUUUUCUUAGUUUCUCUUAAGUGACAGGAACCCUGAUUAAGCCAAAUAAAUAAUUAAAGUGUUCCAUUUGGGAUUACCCAGACUAGUUGCACAUUGUUCUGGGUGAGUGUUACUCAUGGUUUCCUUUUGGUUUCAUUGUUUUGGAAUGUUGGAUGAAUAUGCAAAAGAAAACACUAACAACAUGGCUUCAAACCAUGUAAGAAAUGUGGAACGAAUUAAAAGAUUUAAUGAUCAAGUUUUUUUUUUUUUUAAGUAAAUCUUCUGUUUACAGGUUCCGGGGUUCAGAUUACCUAAACUUUUGUUUCGAACAAACAUAUAAACGGACACUAAUUCUCAGGCUUUAUCUGUAGAAUUAGGUAGAAGUCCCACAUCACAUGGACUUCCCUCUGACUAUCAGACCUCUCAGACUGCAGCUGUCUGGAUUUCUACUCCUCUUUGUUUCCACUUUAUGUGGACACUGUUCUUUCAGGAAGCAGACUGAAGAAAAUCACAGCCCCUGCUCACGCAUCAAAUGUGUUGUCACGUGUUGUGAGCAAAAGGCCAACUGUACAUUUUUUUGUCAUGCACUCAAUCAUGUCAGAUUUUGCUGAAAUUGCAAGCUAUAGGGAUGAUAUUACGUAACAUAUUCUACUUUUUUCUUCCCUCCACUUUUGUACCCCUCCCUCCCUGCUGUUUUCUCUGUUGCCUCAUCUCGUCCCAACCCCCUAACUCUUCUAUGCUUUUUCUCUGUUACUCAUCUCACACAGGAAUAUGAGCCCACCAUCUACCACCCUAAACGCUCCUCUCAAAGUCUACACCAGGACUUUACAGUUCAGUGCGAGAAGAUGGACAUCCCAUUCCUCUCCUAUCUCCCCACAGAGGUCUGCAGCCCUUUUUUUUGAAAAUGUUAAUGAAGUGUAACCAAAAGUUUAUACAUUAAAAAUCCAUCUAUUCCUUCACAGCAGGAACUGUCGAUCAGUUUUUUACAGUGACAGCUUGGUUUUAAAGAGUGGUUCAGUGAUUUGUGAAAUUUCCUUUGAUUUCCCUGUACACAGCUCAAGAGAAAAAUUGAUAAACUUUCAAAUCUGUAAAGUCAUCAUGUAAACGAGGCCAGAGAAAGAGGGAAACUGCUAGCCUAACUCCGUCCAAUGGCUGAACUACCUGCACCAAAUUCUGUCAAGUCCAAAUCCCGAACUCUAUUUUUUGUUUUGACCUUAAACUUCUGUGAGUGAUCUAGGAAUUUGAUAGGAAGUUGAUUAUUAUAGAAUAGGCUGGUAUCGUACAAUGUAGCAAACACAUUACACCAGACAACCGAUGAAUGUAGCAUGUCAUUUAGGGGAACUUGAAAAGGCUCUGUAAAUUAUGUUGCUUUUUGAUAAAUUAGCAGUAUAGUUCUAUCGGGAUGCAGUUGAAUAUGUGCAGCUAUCAGGGUAAACACAAGUGUCCAUUCAGGACCAAUAAUGUGAUGUAUCAUAGUGAAUGUUAUGCUGAUGUGUCAUGUCGACACAUCAGCCGUGUCGUGUCGUAUCGUAUUGAAUUGAAUUGUAUUGUAUCGUAUCCUAACUCAAGCAUCAUACUAUAUUGCAACAAGAUAUAAAAACUUCAACCUUUUUGUACAUGUAACCUAGCCUGGCCGGGCCAUCCUGUUGCGUGAGUCACUUGAUGUUCCUUCCCACAACAGUCUGGACUUCGGCCCAUAGAGAGCGUGUAUUCCCGAUCAGAAAAUAACUGGGCCAAUCAGAGACCGUGUUUCCACUGUUACCCGGACAACAGGGAAAUGCAGCCCCUGAUUGGUCCAUGUGUAGUGGUGAUGUCUAACACAUGCUGCGGGACUUUUCAAAGCCCCGUUCAUUCAGAACGCCGUUAAUUCUGCAGAUGACUCUGCAAAGUCGGCAGAAAUCGUUUAUAUAUGCAGAUAUAUACGGAUAUAAACGAUUUACAGUGGAAACAUGGUCUCUGAUUGGCCCGGUUAUUUUCUGAUCGGGAAUACACGCUCUCUAUGGGCCGAAGUCCAGACUGUUGUGGGAAGAAACAUCAAGUGAUUCACGCAACAGGAUGGCCCGGCCAGGCUACAUGUAACCCUCAUUCACAAGUAACUAUCUAAUAAAAUGUUGCUUUGUACCAUUGUACCAUCAAAUCAUAAUUCAUUGUAACAUAUCAUAACGAAUCGUGUCAUAUCUUAUGACCAAUUUAAUAUAUCAUAUCAUGUUGUAUGAUUUGACACCAUUGUUGAAUCUUAACAUAUCUCAUAUAUAUGGUUUGGUUUGGUUUGAUAUGGUGAGGUAUUGUCUUGUAUCAUAUCAUGUAGUCUGAAAUGUCCUCCUUUCUUUUUGUUUCCAAAGUUUUCUAGCCUCACUGCUUUAUAAAACUCCUUUUAGCUUAAAUUUACUGAAGUGAGAUUUAGCCUUCAGUCACAGAAAAAAAAGUCUAUAAAAAGUGUAUUAUAGAGUGCAGCUCUUUUUUUUGCCACCAUUGAAAAGAGUAAGAAAUUGCUUUUUGGCUCUGGCGCCUGUGAAUGAAGUGAAAUAUCUACCUGGUCAUGAAGUUUGCUCUCCAAGGCUGUUAUUCACUUUUCCACUCCUUAAAUUCGCCUAAUGAGUCAGCGGUGGUUUAAGGUGUUGACUGGGAUUGCUCAUUAAUUCAUGCUAUCUUGUUGUGCUCAGGUGCAGCUCAUCAAUGAUGCAUACAACCUAGUGAUUGAUGCCAUGCUAGGCCCAGAGACAGACUGUGCCAACAUUAAAGAGCCCUAUUCUGGUAUCUUGGUCACCCUGAAGCAAAUCAAGACCCCCAUUACCAGUGUGGAUAUACCCUCAGGUAAGUUUUCACACCAAGUGUAGACAUCAGGGUGGAGGCUUCAAAAAAACACAACAUGAUAGAUGGGCCUCUAGGCAGCUCCCUAGGAGCUUUGGCUCCCAGGCAGGAGUUUUCCAAGUCUGGAGGCACACGUGGAGGAUAAAUCUUAUGCUACGGUCAGCUCAGUGUGAGCUCAUCAUACCCCAAAUACACUACCUGCUGAGAUUGAGUCCAACAGGCAAAGAAAUACCACAGUCCCCCUCUCCUCAAAUGCCUCUUCUCUUCCCUGCCCUCUCUUUCUCUGUCCCUCUCUCAGGUUGGGAUGCUGAAGAACCAAGUCAAGACGGGAUUAACCCCGAUGUUCUCAUCUCACUUACAGCUCCAAAAAAGUGUGCCAUGAGUUUCUCGGGGAAGCAUUUCUUGGCCGGACGCUUCCUGCCCUAUGACAUCCAGAAAAAAUACGAGCUUAACCUCCCAGACUACCCUGGCACAGACUGUCUCAUAGAAUUGUAACACAUGGGAAACAUAAGAGCCAUUGUGGCCCCUCCUCAUUUUCAAAACCGUAUGUUUGAUCUAUUAUCUUGUUUUGUAUUUUAUAGAUUGUUAAUGUGAUUAAAUGUUAACAUCUCUGUUAUGUAGAUCAAGCGCCACAUUAGCAAAAUGUGCUGUUGAGCUACAGUAGAAGGAUAAUCUUAGAAACUGUGGUUUCUGUCAUGUCUAAUGGGGAAAUGGCAUGGGGGAGUCUUUUGUGCAAAUCUACUCGUAAAAGCUGUAGCAUUACACUGUUUUCUGAUUACUUUGCAAAAGACAGACAUUUCUUUUUCUACAGCCAGCAAGAAAAGAUGAAUUUUCUUGGACAUCAGCCACUGGAAUCUUUUUUUCCCCCCUCAAAACUUACUUUUAAUGUUCAUGUUCUGCUGCUUUUAUGUUCCUCAGUGAAAUUUCCUUUUAAAAUGUUCUACUGAGAUGAAUUAAUGUAGGCUGUCAAGUCUUGAUUUUUCUGUGUGUUUAUUUUGGUUUGCCUUGUCAGCCUGAAAUUCUGCAUUGCCUUUGUUUGAGUGACUCCAAUAGCUGUUACAAAUGGGCCCAGCAGUCCUAGUUGUUGAAUAAAGAAGUUACUUUUAAAGGGAUGGUCUGGUUUGUGUGCUUUGUUAUCUUUGGUCUGCAGCUGCACUGAUUUAAUAUCAGCAAUAACUACGUGUAACCUGGGAUUUGGUCUCUAUAGCGAAAAACCCUACAAGAAUUACAAACCCAGAAAUCUCAACAGUUUGACAAAGUUAGUAACUAUCUGGUAAACUAAGGCAAGAAUUCAGAAACAUUUUUUUUCAGGAGAUCAAAUUCAAACUUUGGCUUUAAAGCCACUUUGUGAAGUUUGAAUUGGUAACAACCUGUGAGGGGUCUUUGUAAUGAAACCACUGACCACAAGAUUGACAUUUUCUAUAUUGUGAUUUUUUUUAUACCUGUAACUACUACGAGGGGUAGGUUUACCAAAGAAACAGUAUUUCCUUUUUGACUACAAAUAUUCUAGUUGAUUGAUGAAGCACAAAAAAGGAGAAAAACAAAAGACUCAAAUUCAGACGGUGUAAAAAACACAAAGUUUUAAAUACUUUCCCUGGAUGUGUUAAAAAAAAAACAUCAGCUCUGAUUAAAUGGACUGCGCUGAUAUAACAAUUCUUUCAGUCAUCUGACCUCUCAAAGUGCUUUGACAUUACAUGUCACAUUGACAUUUCAUUCAUACCGUGUUAGCAGAGGCUGCUAUGUUAAGCGCCCAUUAGUAUUUAUUCCAGUGAUUUCCAUUCCACAUUGAGCACAGCCACUGGGGACAGUUAGUGAUCAAAUGCCUCACCCAAGGACAUUUGCAUGUGGACAGGGCUUCCCAAAAAUGGAACCCCCAACCUUCUGAUCAAGAAUCUACCAACUCACCAACUGAGCCACGUCAGCCCUAACUGGGCUGGCAGACGUCUGGCGUGUCGUGCUUCUAGCUUUAAAUCUAACCCUCUGCUGUGAUGAACUGGUGUACCAGCUCCCACUGCUCUUGUCCUGUCCUCACUAUGUUAAAGUUUGUCUUGGUGACACCUAAAUGAAUUAAAAGGAGGACAUGAAUAAAAGUGAAGCUGGAUGAUAAGAGAUUUCAAAACAUUUUAUCCUCUCUAAAUUCACUCUGUCUCUGUUGUGUGAUGGAAGUAAAGUCAACUUUUCAUCACUUCCAGUAAAGGCCUGAUAAAUUUGCACCCCACACUAAAAUUAUGGUGUGCAGUUAGUUUAUGGAUCCUGGAAAGGAGGAUAGUGUAUGGGCUGAGAUUUGUGCCACAAAAAACUGAAAUUGAAUAAUUAUAUUGAAUUUGAAAAACACGUUUUGGAAUUAAAAUUCAUGUUUUGAAACUGGAGUUUAUCUGCCUAGAAAUUAUAUUAAAUCUACUUGAAACUUCAACUCUCUUUUUUCCUUAAAUUUAAAAAAGGACAAAAUCUAUUUCAGUUUGCACAACUCUGAUUCAAUUUUACAACUCAAUUUCAGUUUAGUGUAGCACAAUCAUUGUGUCACCUACAUCUGUGAGGAACAGUACUCGAGCACAUUCACACAGCUCCUAUUUACAUCUACACAUUUACGGUCUGAGGCUUUACUCCUCAACUGAACUGGCGCUAUUUUCAUGAUGCCUGAAGACCGGGUACUGAAUAAUCAGCUUUGCAUUAAACUUAAAAUUAUUCAUAUUUAUCUUCAUGCAUUGGAAAAAAAAUGCAAUGUAAGCCCUAACAUUACUGUAGCUUUGGGGGCUAGUUAACAACCCACACUAAAUUGGAGGUGCCAACUUACUUCAAGCUUUAAGGCAAAUGCCGACAAGGAAAUGGCACAACAAGGGCUGAUGUUAAGUUAGCCACAAUAUAAUACACUUCAAAGAUUUCAAGUUUUCGAAAUGAAAUGUUAAAACAAACAUACACACAAGCUUGGCCACGCUGACCUGACCAUGAACUUGCGAGUGGUGGCCAGUUGAACCACAGUAAAAAUAGCAGGAUUAAAACAGCUAUCCCCAAUAAAGGUUGCUAUCCCUAUCAUGAAUCAAUACAUUUAAUGCAUAUUUUACAGCGUGGGGUUGCAGUUCUUUGCCCAUCUUUCUUUGAGGUAUGUACGUUGAAAAGGGAUUCGCCUGAAAUUGAAACAAACACCUUUAUGCUGUCCAUGUGCUGAAUACAUUUGUUGGCAACAUUUUGGUCCAAAACACUUUUAAUCAAUUUAACCAUAACAGUUGUUUGCAAAAGUUUGUUUACAAUUUUAAAAGAACAUUAUAGACCCACUCUGAUGAAAAUCGUGUUUUGCUUGUUGUCUACAUACUUAUAUGAUGUUUUUCUGAUGCUGCCGUACAUAUCAUGAGAAAAGUAAGUGUGAAAUUGCAUUUCUGAGUAUUUCUUCUUUAAAAUGCUGUAAACUUCUCACUGACUCAAACGACAGGCUCAGAUUCAGUGAGAUUUCCUAUGUAGCAAAUCUAAGCUCCGCCCCUAGAGCCUCGCUAUGACGGCCACACUCAGAAAAGUAGAGAGGAUGAUUGCACAAAAAGUGUGUGCGUUAGCGGAUUGCAAUGCUCGUAAGAAAGCUAAUUAUGAUAUUAGCUUUAAUCAUGUCCCUAAAGACAUUAGUGUGUGAGAGCUGCAUAGCUCCUAUGUUACCUGCCACUUCUGCUGCACAGGCAAUGUUGGAGUACAAGCUAACGUGAAGACGAGUGUGCAGAGCAGCGCUGUCUCCACGCACGACUCAGAGGCGAAUUGCUAAUGAUCUACUGGAGCUACUAAGAUCGGACUGGGUCUUUAAAUUGUGCUUGUAGAUAUGCAUGUUUUUUUUUUUUUUUUUGAGUCCUGAAAGAAUUCUCCAACUUUUCAAAGUUUAACAUCACUGAUACUUUUGUGUUCGUUGCCCAGCCUGGAGGACAUUGCCAGCUCUCGCUACCUGAGCAGAGCUUGCUCAUCAAGGACUCAUGCCACCCCGGAAACCACCUGUUUGACCUGUUACCGUUGGGCCGAAGGUACAGGUCACACAAAACAAGGACCAACAGACUCAGGGAUAGCUUCUUCCCGAGAGCUAUCACUGCAGUCAACAACAACAAGUCCAGUUGAAUCUGUCCCCCUCAACCAUCGUAUAUUACUGAUCACAUUUAUCUAAGUGCAAUAAAAUGUAUCUUUAUCCGUGCAAUAACACUGGGCUUCACUUCUGCAAUUAUCGGGUUUCAUAUCAUUUAGAUCAUUCAUUCCUGUUUGUUUGUAUUUUAUAAUGUACAGAUAUAUACAUUACUGCCUUUUCACUUUUGUUUCUUCUUAUUCUUACCUUAUCUUGUUUUAACAUGGCUUUUUUUUUUAGUACUUAUUUAUUACUUUCGCUAUGCACCAAAGGGAGUGGCGCUCAAGUUUCGUUGUACUGUGUACAAUGACAAUAUAGGCGAUUCUGAUUCUGAAAGUAGCUUCGAUUUAUGGAAACAGAGAAGGUAAAUAAGUGAUUUGCAUACAAUUCAUGCCCCACCCAGUAUGAGUCUGUGCUCUAAUUGGGCCCCCUCAGUCAAAAAAUUUAAACACCCUUCAGUCAAGGACACUUUAGCUGGGUAGCUGCUUACAAACACAUCUGUGAAAUGACAGUGCCUUCUCAUCAGGCCACCUAGCUGUAUGCAUAUACAUAACAUGCAAUUAGUGCUGCCCUGUCUAGAUUGGCGCACACUGUUAACUUUUGUUUAUUGGUCCCCAACUGGAUUUGAUUUAGUAAGGAAAGCCAUAAACAGGUGUGAUGGAGCUAUAAUCAGCUGUGGAGGGAGGCCUCUCAUUAUCGAGCUGAGGGCUGCAGGCUUCAGUGAGAAUGACUAAGUGAGACUGCUGUGCUGUUUAUGGAUGAGGUAAUGUGUAUUUAUAUGAAGCACAGGAGCUUCUCCUGAAUACUAAUGCAUUAAUACCCCAUGUGUGUGCACAUGUGUGAGUGGGUGUAGAAAGUCAGGGAAAAGGAAUGUGGAUCAGUUUUUUCGCUCGGUGGUAUUAAAUCUGUCAGAGGCAAACUGACAAGGGCUGUAGAAAUAUGUCUGAGCACUCAGCGGUCCUGUCUUUCAUGCCUGUCCAAUCCCCAUCAGGAUACAAAGUCUUGUCACCACUCUGUCCUUUAUGCUUUUCAUGAAAGCCGUCGAGUAAUGAGCUCUGGAGAUGUCGGUGGCCCGCAGAAUUGAACAAUCAUAACUGACAGUGGUACUUGUCGCAAUAUUCCCAUAAGAUCGUCUUACAUGGUGUGCACGGCGAGGCAGAAAGAUUAAUCCUGUGCUUAUGUUGAACAAUACACAAAAGCAAUUGAACAGUUUACAAAGCAUUUUCUAAAUUGCUCAAAGGAUUCCAGUUCUCUUUCAAUGUGAUAAAUAUUUGUUUCAAAAACCAACAAUCAAUGCAUGUUUCAUAAAUCAGAAACAUACUUGAGUGAUGUACCGGCCCUGUUUCAGAUUUUAUCGUCGGGGUUGUGAAAUCACUAUUUGCAAAUCACAUUUCAUGAUCCCUUAGUUUA